AUGAAGGAGUGGGGGGAGAUGAUGGGAGUGGAGGAGAAUGAGCUCAAGAGGUCGGGGGUGGAGACUGGCAUAGCCGGGGACAGGAGAGGUACAGUAUAGCAGAGGGAGGGAGGUGGGGGGAUGACUAGUGGUGUGAGAGGGGGAGAGAUCUUUUUUUAAGACUCCACCUCCAGACAGACACAGUCCUUUCUGAGAUGAUGCACUCCAGGCUCCUGCCGGGACUAGCUGAACACUCACCAACUUCUCACCCAGGUCCUAACUCCAUCCACGAGUCCUACAAGGGUUACAAUCAACUGGACCAACUCUUGGAGAGAAAGAGAGAGAGGAGAAGACUUGGUCAGCUCAGAGUGGUAUGGAACGUUCAGCCACUGUAACACUGCCUAGGAGAUCCCGUCUUUUCUUACCAUUCUAAAGCUUAUCAAGAAGACUUUGAAGCGAGCAGAGGGAGAGAGUUUGGCAUUGGGUAAGCUCUAUGCUACUUCUGUCUUGUAGUUUGUACUUACUCUCCAGGAAAGGACUCACUGAGCUCAGUCUGUUUUCACUGCUGCUGACAGUAUGCCGGUGUCUUGCUACAGUAUACAAGUUACCUUAUCUCUCAACACAUUGUGGCACUGAAAUGGUUGAAAAGAAACAGAAUAUACAUACACCAUAUAUAUGUCUACAUGUGGGUAUAUACACCAUAUUUAUUUAUAUAUAGAUAUAUAUAUCCGUAUGUAGGUAUAUGUUACCACUUUUCAGUACCUGGAGUUGGUGAAAUUUGAUUUCUGUGGAUAUUAAACAGUUAAUAUCAUUGAAUGUGGGUUAUUAUUAACCCUUUCAGUCAAGGAGAUGACAUUGUCAAAGUAUAUAUGUUAAAUUCAGUCACAUUAGUUGGAAAAAUAUAGUGCUUCCUGUGAUCUCAAAGGGUUAAUAAUAUCAUUUUUUUCGAGUAGGAAUAUGUUAACCCGGUGAGUCAGAGGUGGGUGGUAAAAUGGCAUUACUAGUGGUUAAUAGAUACACAUAUAAUUGAAAGUGGGUAUAUGUUAACCCUCUCGGCCCCAUGGUUAGGUAAAAUGUGAUGAAUAUAGUGGAACUUAAAAGGUUAAUAAAUACACGUAUCGUUUUCGUUGUGAAAGUGUGCAUGUAUUAUUUCACCCAACAUAUGACUUUUACAGUGGAUAUAUGUUAACUUUUGGUUAACUUAAAAUGUGGUGAUUGCUACAGAACUGAACGAGUUAAUAAAUACAGAUUAUAGAGUCAGAAUCUAUUAGGAUAAAAAAAAAUUAUGAGCAGGUGGACAUAAGAAAAUGGAGCAAAUAGCUAAUUAUGUUUGAAAAACUUUAAAAUUGCUAUUAAAUUAUAAAAAGGAAAAUGAAAGGAUGAUGUGCUUUGUAGUGGGAGAAAGGGUUAAGAUUUGCAGAGCCAGAGAUAUAAGCACAGUUCAUGUGUUGCUCUGACUGUAUUUCACUCUGCCUUUCUCAGCUUGAAUGCUCUAACUGUGAGUGUGCAUGUUCUGAGAAAUAAGGUAACAGAUCUAGUCAGUGACACACUUUUGCAGAACACCCACACCAGCCGUACCUCUGCCUGGAAGAAUUUUAGCUAUACACGUCCACAGCUGCAACUGAAGAAACAUGCAGGCAGCAAGCAGGACAAACAGACUGAAGUGUGAAACUGGACAUUCUGACAUCACAUUUUGUUAGAGCACAUUUUUUUUCUCGAGGGUUGGGGGAGAUUUCUUUUCUAGAGGGUUGGGGGGGCGGGAGGGGUUGAGGAUCUUUGAGGAUUGCUGUGAUGGAAAAAUGGUUUAGAAUUUUACAUUAAAUGACCUUUAACAAUGUUUCAGCUCAAUAUUUUUUUUAGAGCCAGAACAUUUAACAUGAUACAAUUAAAACUCUGUUCAAAGUAAUUUAUUACAUGAUAUACAACAAUGAGUUUGGAAUGACAUGCACUAUUAAUAAUUAAUCAUUAAUUGCUUGAAUAUAUCCACUGAAUACCACGUUUUAGGGGAGAUUAUUAUUAUUAUUAUUAUUAUUAUUUAUGUUAUUUUCAAUAAGUACUUUUCAGUUAUUUUACAAUACUAGGUGGAUGAGACCAAAUGGGUUGCCCCAGCCCAGGCUAUUGUUCCUUGUUCUGUGGGGUGCUUAGUUUUUAUAAAACUCUUUAUUUGGUCCCAGAAAAAGUGUUGCUUGAUCUUAUACAACUCAUGUUCCUGUAAUGAGAUUAUUGAAAAUAACAAAGCAAGUUCACAGGUCACACUAAUUUGGAUGGGAUUUCUAUAUUAGUAAUUGAAGGGGUAGCUUCUGGAACUGCAGCUGUCUCAGACCAAAUUUCCCACAUAAACAGGGAGACCAGAUGGGUCCACUGGUUAUCUUGAGCUGUCAUAACAUAUUAUUCUGUGUUUGUAGAAAUGCUCAGUUACAAAUAGACUGCAUUUAGAACUAUAAUGAGUAAGGCCUGUUUCUAAAUGAUUUUGGGAUUGUAAGAGAGUCCAAGUUAGACACCAUGUGAUUUUAUACCAUGCAUAUCAUAGAGAGAUCUAUUAAGGUAGAGUGGCCAAAAGGUAGACCUCCAGUAGAUAGUACUGCUGUUACACACUCUGAUGUACAUGUAGAAAGUCAAUUUAUUUAUAUGGAGAUUGAAGUGUGGAGUGUUUGGGGGAUAUAACACAUAAUAUAUUAACAAUUAUUUGUACAACAAAAAGAAAAGUGUUGUUUCUUUUCCUUUUUGACACUAGAUACGCCAUUCGGGUGUGGAGAAAUGAUUGUUAUGGUUACAUACAUAUUACCCCUCUGGCUAUAAAGAGGUGACACAUGAGAUCGAAACUUGAUUGCAUUGGUAGAGUCUGUUAAAUUAGUGAAAAUGACAGUGCCUAGAGCAGGCUUCCCCAAACUCCGGCCCUCCAGAUGUUGCUGAACUACAACUCCCAUGAUUCUCAGCCUAGCUAUUUUAUUCAUAGAAUCAUGGGAGUUGUAGUUCAGCAACAUCUGGAGGGCCGGAGUUUGGGGAAGCCUGGCCAAGAGCUUAUCUGAGGACUGUGGUAGCAACCUGGAAAGACUAUCUCAGUAAACCUAGAACAGGAUAGCAGCAUAAAGUAUGAAUUGGCAUUAAGAUACCAAAGGCUAAAGUGUUUUUACCAAACCUCCUUCUUCUAGCAAGCCGAUCUCUCGCACCUUGCAUGUUAUUUACUUAGAAACCCAACUAAGGAAUGUUUUACAUGAUUAAUGUAAUAGUAGCAAUUUCUAUGUAUAUAUAGAAGGGUAUAUCAGUUUUAUAAUUCAUAAAUAUACUUAAAAAUAAAAUUCAUAAUAUUUUGAUAAUGACGUAGCCUUAGACGGUAAACAGCAUUAGAUACUUUAAUUGUUCAUGUUUUGGGUAUUAAAUCAUAAGUCUCUAUAUGGGAGCAGUGCUAUAUAAAGAAUUCACAUCAAAAUUCAGCAGAACUAAAAUGAUGCAUAAUGUGUGUACAAAACAUACUUACACGUAUAUAUACAAUUGAUAAACAAAUGAUUUUGAAUCACACAAAAAAAACUUUGGUUAUUCCAGCUUAUAUAAAUAAACUUUAGGAUUCAACCCAUUGAGUAUUCUUUUUCCCAACUGACAAUGCAAUGGGACAGGAGAUUGUCUUAGCAUGUCCAUGUAGGAACUAAUAACAGCCCCAUAAAAUAAUCACUGACACUGAGAGAUAUGUUCCAUUUCUUAUUCAAUAUAUAAUAUUAUUCAGUGUUCAACAUUUUUGCUUGCUCACUAGUCAAGUGGCAAGUAAAAAUACAAAUCUGGCAAGUAGAUGUUUAGCCGUUGUGAGUGCGCCAUGAACCCCUCAGGCUUACAGUGUCAAGUAACUUUUAAACCAGUCUGGUUUUGGAGAUAUGCUAUUGUUCAUCUAUACUAGUAACCCCUGGAGUCCAUAUGUUUUGGACUAUGUUGCCUCGAUGUACGUGGUGGGAAAAGUCACUAAAACUAACGUGUUCUGUUGUUCUGUUGGUUAGUUGGGUGGACAUAUGACCAGUAAUGGCUCGAGCUCUUUGGAUUGUCAUUUUUAUGGAUGGUGAACAUUAUCCAGAAUUAACUUUUUCUAAUUUCUCUUCUCACAAAGAAAUAUUAGCUGUUCCUCCAUAACUAUUUAUAUAUUUCUCAUUUGAUGGAUAUAUUAUUAUCUGUAUUUAUGACUCUUUGUCAAAUCUCAUUUGAUAAUAAUUGCAGGCUUUCAUCUGAUCUCUGCUUAAAGGAAACUGUCAUCGAAAAAGAGGUUUCCUAUAGUCAUUUAGUAAAGUGACACCUUGCUGAUGUGGUAGAGGGUAGGACCACUCACUAACAUUAACAUACAUUUGCAGUGUAUGUUCUUAUAGAAAGGUAAGAAUCCCAUAUGAGAACAUACUCUGAAUGUUUCAAAGCCACAUUCCUCCCCUAAGUGUCCCGAUUUAGGACAGACAAUCCUUAUUUUGGGCACAAAUCAGUCUGUCACUCAUUUUUAGGUACACAUAUUUUUUUGUGUGUUUGAGUGUAUAACAGAGCUCUACAGCAAUAAUACUCACAGUAAUGUGCUUUUAAGCUACAAAAAAUGUGUUUAGAAAUCAGUCUGUGUAUGAAGCAUACAUUUUUAUUUUUUAAUCAAAUACAAUUUCUGAGAACUUUCUCCUGGCACCCCCUCCUCCCAUUGUCCUAUUUGAAAUAUUGGAAGGUAUGAUAAUCAUCUGGGGAAAAGGUGCCACCCGCUAGCACAUGGGCAUCUACGUCACACUCUGAGGGGCCCAUGAAAAAUUUGCAGAGGAGGCACUUCUGCUGAUCACAAUUUCCUCAAAGCAGGACAUCUGCGUGCUAAAAUCUAGUGAAUACAAGUUUAGUCACAUGACAUCUCAAUGGAACACGCUAUAACCAAAUUUAAGUAAAAUUUUAUUGAAUUAUAUAAUACUUCAGCAAUUUACAACCUCACAAACACUGUUUCAAAAUUCAACCAGAAUCCAAAUCUAAGCUUCUUUUAUGAAGCAGAUAUAUUAAUUUGUGUUCUUUGCAAAGAAAAAAAGUUUUCCAAAAUCUCUUUAGUCAUAUAAAUUCUGAAUGACAGAGCAUCAUGCUUUAUCUACAGCUCAAAAUGUAUACUUCAUAUGGAGAUGAAAGAGGGGGGCAUGCGCUGCUACAUUUUAUUGGUGAUUAGUUCAUUGUUGAAGUCUGUUCUAGUGUGCUCCCUUUUUUGUAUAGAAAAAGUGGAUCCUCAGAGUAGUCUGGGCAUGAAUGGAGCUCAGGAACCUGAAGAUGUUUGUUAAGCAUUAAAGCCUUGUGCUAACUACUUACAUUCACUUAAGACAUGCCAAAAGGAAAAGAAACUUCAAAGCCCCAGGCAAGGAAUCAGGGGCGGAUUUCUAUUCCUUUGUGUGCAUGUACAUGUGUUUGGAAGAUUCUCAGAGUAGAAGCCAUGAACAAAAAAAUUAAACUGCUGCUUAUAACCACAAGAGAGAUGCAAUGUUUCCUAGUGUGUGUUGUACAAGUGUCAUCAGAUAUAGUAUGGUCUACUUACAAAAUCAAGAUUUGAAUCAACAUUUCUAAUUAGCAAGCAUCAACAUUUUUGUCCACAACCGGAUUUUUGUUAAUAUAUCAUGAUUUCAGGCUAAAACAUGUAUUUGUAUUUUUUUAUGCCUACAUACUAAAGUAAAAAUAUGUUUUUCUUAAGGUUUUAUGUUCUGAAAAUGCUUGUUUGUGAACGUGUUUACUUUAUAGUUUUGCUAAGUUGAGUGUGUGAGUUGUGUGAUUAAAUAUUGUUCUGAAGAGCUUACAAUCUAAUUGUUACUAUAUGAUUUUAACAUACUAAUGGAUAAAUGUAGCGCAUAUAUAUAUAUAUAUAUAUAUAUAUAUAUAGUAUCUCACAAAAGUGAGUACACCCCUCACAUUUUUGUAAAUAUUUUAUUAUAUCUUUUCAUGUGACAACACUAAAAAAAUGGAACUCUGCUACAAUGUAAAGUUGUAAGUGUACAGCCUGUAUAACAGUGUAAAUUUGCUGUCCCCUCAAAAUAACUCAACACACAGCCAUUGUUGGCAACAAUAAUGAGUACACCCCUAAGUGGAAAUGUCCAAAUUGGGCCAAAAGUGUCAAUAUUUUGUGUGGCCACCAAUAUUUUCCAGCACUGCCUUAACCCUCAUGGGCAUGGAGUUUACCAGAGCUUCACAGGUUGCCACUGUAGUCCUCUUCGAUGAUGACAUCAUUGAGUUGGUAGAUGUUAGGGAGCUUGCUCUCCCCCACCUUCCGUUUGAGGAUGCCCCACAGAUGCUCAAUAGGGUUUAGGUCUGGAGACGUGCUUGGCCAGUCCAUUACCUUUAUCUUCAGCUUUUUUAGCAAGGCAGUGGUUGUCUCAGAGGUGUGUUUGGCAUCGUUAUCAUGUUGGAAUACUGCCCUGCGGCCCUCAAUGAACUAUAGCUUCCCAGUACUCAUGCAGGCCCAGACCAUGACACUCCCACCACCAUGCUUGACUGUAGGCAAGACACACUUGUCUUUGUACUCCUUACCUGGUUGCCGCCACACAUGCUUGACCCCAUCUGAACCAAAUAAGUUUAUCUUGGUCUCAUUGGACUCCAUGACAUGGUUCCAGUAAUCCAUGUCCUUACAUGUAUACAAAUAGGAAUAAGAGAUCCUACGCGUACUAGUAGAUCACCUUAGAGAUUUCUUAAUGCAGUGUAUAUAUCACUAAAUAAUUCAAGAAUCCCCACUUUUGGUGGACACAAAACUGCUAGUAUUUAAAUACUGCCAAGAAUUUACAUAUAAAUCUGAAAGUGCAAAUAGUGCACCUUGGGCUAGAUCUGUACGUACAAAUAAAAUUAUUGUGGUCCCCCUACUAAUAUACAUAGAUUAAUACAGAAAAAAACAACAACAAGCAAAAAUCAGCAAAAAUUGGGAAAAGUAAGGGGUCUGUUGACUAAGUAGUGGGUUAGUAAAAAGAUUAUAGUAACAAAAAAUGUGCUCACAUAGAAGCUGCGGGCUAAUGAACAUAGGGUGUAAUAAUGAAUAUUGUCCAGUAUAAAGUCUGUAGAUAAAGAGUUUGUGAGGUGCAACUCAGUAAAGUCUAUUCGUAAUAAUAUUACAGCUAUCACAAUGCACUGCUGUUAUGAGGGAGUAACAGAAGCUGUAUUGUAUUAAAAGCUAUUAUAAUAUAACCAAUAUGGUAUAAGAUGGUCUGAUACAGAAAUAUCUGUUUCCCCAAGUAUGAUGGUAUAACAAUUUCUCCUAGAUCACAGACACAGAUCUAUAGUGAUAGGAUCUUCUCUGUGAUCUGAAAUAUAGGACGGACAGCCAUAGUGCUCUCCAUUAAAAACUUAGACAUUUAUUGUAAAAAGGUAUAAAAUAACACUCACAAAAGUGCAGUUGAGUGGAGCAAAUAUAGGGUCCUUAGGAAUCUACAGGAUCGAUUGGUCGCUGGAGAUGUAGUGGUAAACCUCCCUCCGGCCGGCUGGGAGGUGUCGAUGUUAGAGAAGAGAUGAAUAACCCUUUGCGUGCAUUCGCGUGCAUGGUGAAAUUUGGGUAUGCUGAUGUCAAAGGUCAGCAGAUGGUGGUCAGAUAAAUGAAAUUGAACAGUGGAGAGAUUAGAGGUUGUACAGAGAUUGGUGAAGAUGAGGUCAAGAGUAUUCCCUGCUGUAUGAGUUGCAAAUGUAGACCACUGUGUGAGGCCGAAGGAGGAGGUUACAGAGAGCAGUCGGGAGGCAGACGGGCAGUUGAGGUUGUUGAUUGGGAUGUUAAAGUCCCCAAGUAUGAGGGAAGGAGUACUAGAGGAGAGAAACGGGUAUAGCCAGGAAGAAAAGUGUUCAAUGAAUAGCCUAGGAUAACCGGGGCGGGGGGCGAUAAAUGAUGGCAAUUCUUAAAGGAGUGGGCUUAAAUAUGCGGACAGUGUGAACUUCAAAGGAAGUAAAGGAUAGGGCAGGUAGAAUAGGUUGAAAAGUACAUUGAGGGGAUAGAAGGAUGCCUACACCGCCACAUUUACAGUUGAGUCUGGGAGUGUGGGAGAAUUGUAGUCCACCGAAUCAUAAAGAAGCUGGAGUAGCGGUAUCAAAGGGGAACAGCCAGGUCUCACUGAGUGCAAGAAGUUUGAGGGAAUUAGAAAUGAAGUGGUUGUGUAUGGCUGUUGAUUUAAUAUUGCUGCAGAUGGAACGGAUGUUCCAGAGUGCACAUUGAAUGAUGGUAGAGAAGGAUAAACUGCAGGGUAUUUGGAUGAGGUUUGCAUGGUUUCUGGUUGCUUUAGUGGGAGCAGGUGAAGGGCCCUGGGUUGGGAGAGAUUUCACAGGCUGCUAAAAGUAGGAGGAGAGAUAGUGAUAGUGAAGAGGUGUGAAUGGGUUUUACAAUCCAGCGCAUUCACUUAUUCACUAAACAAUGAUUUCAAAUCUCAUAGAUUGUAAUAGUUUUAUUUAAAAACACCUCACCUAGGGAAAACAUAAUGGGGGUUUAGUUACAUUAUAUGAUCAUAUAUUGCAUAAGCCUGCCACAAUGUCAAUGUACCCCAUUCUUGGCAGGUCCUACACUAUAUAUAUAUAUAUAGAGAGAGAGAGAGAGAAGAGCGAAGAGCGAAGGAGAGAGUGUGUGGGUUUUUUUUUGUGAAUAUGUUUUUAUUGAACAUUUUUUUUUCCAACAUAAAAAAAAAAAACCAUAUUAACGUGGACUCGCAGGUCCCUUUGUUUACAUGUAGUCGCUUAUACAUCGUGAGGUACAGUCUGUCAGACGUGCAUUGGCGAUUCGCAGGUCGCAUUAUCGAAUAAAUGGCAUGUGUAUAGUGGACUCGCAGGUCCUGUAGUACAUAGUUGUAGAUAGUACUCUUUUAUGUCUGAUGGGUACCAUUUCUACAUUGGGUAGGUUUGUGAAAGAGUGUGUUUUAAAGGUUGAACUCAAAGGGUUUUUUGAGUCUAUUUCAACCUAGAUUACUAUGUAACACACAGCUAUUACUACAUGAAUAAAAGUAAUUGAAUGCUUAUACUGUAUCCUUAAUCUCAGUAAAACACAGAAAUUGAUUUUCUGUUCUAUAUUAUUAUUAUCAGUAUUAGUAGUUAUAUAGCGCCAGAUUUUUCUGUUGCACUCUAUGGAUUAUUUGGCUCACAUAUUGUAAUUCAAACAUUCCUUUUGGUUAAAAUAUAUUCACUUUACUUCUUUAACCCCUUAAGGACACAUGACAUGUGUGACAUGUCAUGAUUCCCUUUUAUUCCAGAAGUUUGGUCCUUAAGGGGUUAAAGGCUUCUUUUAAUAAACCAAAUAUUUGACACUUCAGUGGCAUAUUCUGCAGUCUGUUGACAAAUAUAAAUAGAAUAUAAUAAAUACAAUUUGUAUAACAAACUGCUUUGUAGCUCAUAAAUGAACCCUAAAUAUAAUAUUUCGCUUUUUAAAAUGUUUUUGUUUUAGUUUUUUAACGCAAAAUUAGGUUUUCAGUCGAUACUUUCCAUCCUUUAUAUCUAGAAGAACACAGAACCAGUGUUGCUUAUUUAAUAAAACAAUGACGAUCUAUCUAUUGACUCCCUUACAGAAAAUCAUUGGAUUACUCACCUACCAAGCACUGAAAGAGUUAACAUGAGACCCUUUUUCCUAACAUUAUUCAGACUAACAGUUGACAUCAGUGAACACAGAAUGAAUGUCUGAAUCUCUCCUGGCAAUGUAACACAUAGGUAUCACCUGAUGGUGUUCUAUGUGUUAAUAUUCAUUAUCACUUCUAUGUCAGGCUACAAAUGUGAUACAAUUUAAUGAGCUGCUGACAUCAUUAAGGAAGUUGCUGUUCAUGAUUUUCUAUUGUAACUUCCAGGGAAAGUUCAGACUGAAGUUAUAUGGUUGAGUGAUAUGACAGAAAGAUUAAUUGGCAUGAUGUCUUAAAGACCUAAAACAUCCUCUGAAAUUUUUCCGCAACUUUACUGCUAGCGGAACACAUCAAUUUCUUAUGGGCAGGUCUCAGUGGAGGCAUUAAAUAUACGUUCUUGCAGUGUUUGAGGUUUAAGGCCACAUUAUGUAAUCCCUGAGUGGGGUGUUGUGGAUAUAGAUACAACUUCUGACCCUUUGCACACUUGUGAAGACUAUAAGUGAUAAUAAUGAAUUAUUUCUCCAUAUAAAAUCCUUCAAUUAAAAGCAACCAAAAAUAAAUCCUUCCUUUGUGUAAGUUUAAAAAACACCCAGAAAUUAAAGCUGUAUUUUCUAAACUUGCCCGUGUAUCGAAAAUGUUGAAAUUAUUUUGUAACAUAUAGUAUGCAAACAACUGAAGUUCAAGUCUUUGUGUUUUAGUAGUAACCUUAAUUUACUUUUACAUUAAAUACAUAUAUUAAAUUAACAUGCCCAGGAGUUAUGGAUCAUCCUAACAUCAACAUAUUUUAGUGAAGAUCACAAAAAAUAAUGCACUGGUUUGUAAUAUUGCAUGUACUUGCUUGUACUCCCCUAACUAUACACUUUAACUAUACUUUAAGCAUUUUUUUAAAUAAAAAGAGGAUUAAAAAAGUCUUGCAUUUUACACAUCUUACAUAUAUGACUUUCAAAGGAAAUUAUAUGAAAGAAGUACAAAGUGUAGAACUUAUGUACACAUUUACAUCUCUUUUUAAGCAAUACUUCACAAAAGUCUUUUUGUAAUAGCUUGUUUUUGACUAGGUGUCAUUAGUGUUGUUUUUGUUUGUGUCUUUAGCACAUUACAUAAAUUGGUCUUCUCAUUCUGUAGGUAAGCUAUGAAAGAGGCACAGAAAAUGUGAGCUACACCGCCAGUCAUUUUACAUCGUGUACGGACAUACAAUCACUCGUUUAUGCCUUUACUGUGUGUGUGUUUUCUCCAACUAGUCACUUUGCAGUACAAUUAAGUCAUUUCUGAUUACUGUUUUCAUGGUUCCUAGCAGGGCUGUUUCUAAAGAUUUGCCAUAGAUGAGCACAGUUUACCUUGUCAUGGAAAUUAUAUCACAUUUCAUUAUUUAGGUACAUAUUUGAGUGAUGGACUUUAAACUCCUUUACUACCACAUAAUUCUUACAUAAAGUGCUAGAAAGCACAGACUAACCAUACAUUUACAAUAGUUGAUAGGUUGGAAUCACUUAGUACACAAUUAUAAUCCAAAAAAAAGUCUGAAGAAUGCAAACAGGGUGGCUGUAUAUCGGAAUAAUACCUAAAUAUAUUGCAACGUUCAUUGCAGUGUGCUAUUGCAGCCUGCAAAUUUACCCCAGAUUGCUCGUUGAACCUUUUUUUACAAUAUCCUCACUCCCUGGAUGUUUAUGAGGAAUUCAAAGUAAAUUUAAAAUUUUAGACAAAAUAACUGAAUUUGACAAAAUCUCCAUGUCAGCUAACUUUACAUGACUGAAAAUUCACACUUUAGUGAAUAACCAUGAAAGUUUUUGGGGUGCCCCUUUAAGUGUUUUUGGAAAUGGGUCUUAGUGAUAUCUAUACAAGAAAGCGAAAAUACACUGGGAGUCAGCUUGCAAGGUACUUGAAAAAUCCAAAUGUGACAAACUAACCUGUUCACUUAUGGCAUGUUUAAAUAUUUAUUCACCAAGGCCUCGCAAACGAUGAAAAACACAUGUUAAUGUAUAUUAUGAAAUCAGAUGAAAGGAUCAUUACAGUGUAUUGACUGGUGAAUCAAGUCUAAGAGUAAGAACGUUUGUGAAUCCUUUUAGUGGACAAAACUAAAAGCUCUUCACAAAUGCAUUUCAGUGAAUUUGAAUUCUCAGAGGACCAUGUUUUCAAGCAAAUGUUAAGAAGGAAAAGUGCCUGGAAACAAAAUGUCUGUUGAGCCAUUAUGUUUGUCCAUUAAGAUCUGUUAUUAAGAAUAAUUAUAGGAAAUAGAUGCAGAAUUAGCAGAUAAUUCUAGUUUAUGGAUGCUAUGCACCUUAACCCUUGUUGUACACUGACAGUAUACAUCCUCAUGCCUCCAACAAUUGGGCUAUUACUAUCAUACUUGUCUGCCAUGUAUUUUGCAUAAAGUAGCAAAAUAAAUAAACACAAAUUGUGGUUUCCAAGAACCUCUUGUUAAUCAGAGAACUAUGUGGUGUACCCUUCCUUCCCACAAACCAUGCAUGAGUGAAGUGCUGGGCAAUAUCCUUUCCUAUUUUGUGGUAUAGUGUUUAGUGAAAUUAAUGCAGGGGUCUCGAGAUGUGGUAUCUCAUUUUUACAUUCUUUCUUCUCACUGGACAAGAGAUGGGAGAAGGCAAAAAGGGGAGACACAAUGACCUCACGUUAUUACCUUACUCACUUAUUGACUUAAGAUCAAUGGGAAAAUGAGCCAUAUCAACAUACCUUCUAGUUAAUGGGGGUUCCCUUAAACCCUUUAACCCAUUAACCCAUAGUAACAACACCCAUAUUUUGUUCAUGUUGGUCUGUCUUGAUUAAUAGAUGGUUCUAUUAAAAACUCACACUGUUUUGUAUCUUCUCCUGCACAUUGGAACAUGAGAUAAACAAGUAGAAUCAUACCAAUAUCAUAUAAUAUGGUUAUUAGAAGAACCUCGUGUAGUGAAUGUAAUAUCUUGAAUGCUGUCUGUAAGUGAUAAACUGUUUGUCUAUUUGCUGUGAAAUAUGCAGGGAAACUAAAUUAAUGGAAUCUGCCCACAAUGGCAAAAUUUUGAUCAGUUCUUAUGCAAUUCUGAUAGUUUGGAUGGAAUACGGACAUUUUCAGGGAUAUAGAAGGUACCGAAUGGCUUAAGUUAGCCACUGAACGUAGCACAAUUGAUACAAAUAUUUGAAUCUGAAAAUUUCCUUAUACACAUUGCAUUUUGGGUCAAGUUUGCAUAGUCCUCGGUCUUCCUAUUCAGAUUAAUGUAUAUGGCUCUCUUGCUUUUUACUUAGAUCACUAGAUUGCUUGGGUUGUGCAUUGACUUUGCGCCAGUUGUUGCAAACUAUUAGCCUAUACUUUCUAUUAUUCUAAUUAUCUAUACUUUCCUAUUAAACUUCUUUCAAGAAGUGUAGCCACAAUGUGAACAUCCAGUUGUGCUAACAUUACAUCACCCAUUACUAUCACCUCGUCUUUAGCUGGCCUAAAAAAACAAAAGAUGGUAAAGAAUAAAAAGAACAGCUGAAUACAUAUAAUAUUUUGCAUGCAUUCCACUGAGUAGUCCCGAUUUCGGUGACCGAUCUCAGGGGCCUGCAGAGAGCACUGCUAAAACACAUGUAGGUGGCUGGACAGACAUUCUGUCAGUCAGCCUGGCUCACUUGGCACCAAGCUGACACAAUCUUUCAGUGUGCGGGACGGCCCUUUUUCCAGAAUGUAUCGAUCUUUGUAAGCAUUGUCAAUGAUAAGAGUCUCCCUACGGCCCACCCCCGUCAUGAUCUCAAUUUUGGGAAUGUUAGCUCUUAAGAAGACAGACAUUACUUUUACAGUUAAAAGAUUUUAUCACUCCAACAAAAAUUGCACAAAUUCACAUCCUUUUUGUUGAAGGAUCUAAGAGAGGAAACUAUUUAACAAUUUUUACAAUUUAAAUUAUAUACUUGUAGUGUGUAAUGUCCAUUAAAUGUUAAUGAAGUUUGAUCAAUUCAAUUUUUAAAAUUGUAUUUAUAUUUUUAUUGCAUGUUCAAUCCAUGAAAUGGUAAAUGAAUGUUUAAAAAUUCUAUUAGUAAAUUGUAUAAUGGAUUGAGCUACUCCUUACAGCGAAGUCUGGAUUGUAUACCAAUCUAUGUACUGAUAAGAUGAGCAGAGGUAGGAGUGGUUGCUUUUUCCAGGAAAUGAAAAACAGUUAAGAAAAAAAUAAAAAUAAACUAUGUAUGUCAGUAAUAAAAUAGUUUAAUUACUGUUCAAUUUAGUUUUUUGCAUUUUUCACACACAAACAAAUAUGUAAACGUUUACUUUGGCCAGUGUUUGUGACUAAGUGGCUACUAAAAAGACUAGACAUACCCCAUUUGUAGUACCUCGAGUUGUCUACUUUUGCAAAUGGUAUGCCGUUGUGGGGGUUAUUUUCAUUCUGGGCUACCAUUUGGUCUUAAAGGCAACAUAACCAGUCAGGCGAAUUUCAAUGUGAAAAAAAUGAAAAAUGUAAUGUGCUAUAUUUCACCCUGUAACUUUCCAAAACACCAUAAAACCUGUACAUUGGGGGGUACUGUUUUACCCGUGAGACAUCGCUGAAUACAAAUAUGUGUACUUUAUUGCAGUAACAGCUAACAGUAUUGUGACAUUCUCAGUUAAAUACUUUUAUUAGUAAUUAAAAACAAAUGUCAAAAGUUUCUUUUGGGCAUCAUGGCGUACACUUUAUAUCUUGCACACGUCUAAAUAGUGUUAGUUUACUGCAUGUAUUUACACCAAGAAUAAAAAAUAAGGCAGUUGAUAGAUAUCAUGUUACUUUUUCAAGACACAAAGAAUGAUCUUUUUUUUAUACAAGAAAUUUCCAGAUGUAAGCAGCUUGGCUUCCUUUCUGACAUCAUACUUAAAGUUCUAAAUGGUAUACGUUUGCUACAAACACAGAUAAUAUUUUGUGCAACUUACAGGAAACUUGAAUGCCACCAUAGAUAUUUUAUAAACCAGGCACUAUGUUUCUGCAUUUAUUCAUCCCUGUGCACCAAUAGAUAAGCAGGAAAUGUCAGAAUGAUGUCAGAAACAUUCCUCUCCAAUCGAAGUUGCACAAAUGACACAGCAUGAAGCUUGCAAAUGGCAUAGCAUUGUUGGCAGUGGAGUCUCGUUCAUAGUUAGUAGCUGGGGCAGUGCCCCACCAGUUUUUCUUGUGAAAAAAUAAAUAAAUAUGUUUUUAUAUAUAUAUGUAAACUUAAUUCUUUAAAUUACUUCCUCCCUCGGCCUUUGUCAGUGGGCUAAUUCUCCCACCCGUAUAGAUGACAAUACCCUUGAUCUGUUUUUUUCAGAGGCAUGCACAGUCUCUAAUCUCUGUCCACGUUAUUUCCUUUGUCAGAUCACCACCUCUUAUCUUUUGUUCUUGAGUGUUCCCUCACCCAGCAUUCUCAGUCUAACCCUCCUCAACUAAUGAGAAAACUGAAUUCUCUUAACCUCCAGCAACUGUCAGCUGGUGGGCAUUCUUAACUCUCAUCAAUACCUUCUCCUGUCCCUCUGUGGCUAUCUCCUCAUAAUGCUACUCUCACCUCUGCACUGGACAUUGCAGUCCCACUUCAAAAAGGAGUAUGCGCCUCCAACUAUGGCACACUAAGUCACCAUGCUGUGUGCAGAGAUGUUCCCAUUCAAAUGAACGCUGCUGGAGGAAGUCUUGCAACUUUCUCCAUUACAGAUUCAACUUACGCUUGUACAGUACAUCCUUCACCAUUGCUAAACAGUCGCACUUUUCCUCUGUCAUUAGUUGAUACUAACAGGCAUGUCUUUGAUACCUUUAAUCCUCUUCUUCACCCGGCUGUUGCCACCCCCCCAGACUAACCUUUGAUCUGAUAGUUGUACAUGCUGUUUUACUGACAAGAUUAACCAGUUAAAGUCACCCCCUCUUCACUCCUCACCCACCCUGCUCCUCUCUCUCUCAACCACACUUGAACUGUGCCUUUCCAGCCUUUCCAGCCUUUCCUAUUACAGGCAUUUUUCCUAGCUACUAAACAGGAGGUGGCUGCGCUUCUCCUUUCCUCUUUCAUCCCAUCCUAUCCUACCAGAUCUUCCUGCCUAUAUUCAACUUCUCUCUUUAUUUUGGCAUUGUCCCCACUCCCCUUAAACAUGCUACUGUUCUAACAGAAGGAUUAUCUGUGGCAUUGGGUUUCAGCAAGUAUUUAUGCAGGGAGGGUUUUUAUAUGUUGGUAUGGUUGUGUUUUCUUAAUUUCUUCAUGCAAGUGGUACACUCCUUGAAUAUGCCACAAGUCCCUCAUCCAUUCACUAGCCUAAUACCAUUAUAGACCAUUAUGCUGCUAGCCUACCAAACUUCAUGUGUCUUUAUCACGCCAAUGUCAUUUCCAAUUGUCCCAUGACCUUUGCACAUUGAUACCCCCAACCCUCUGUGUAUCACUUCCAACCAUGCUUUACUUACAUCAUUGCCAGCCAUCAUUCCUAUUCCAUUAUGCACACUCAUUUCCUUCAUCAUGUCAUUAACAUUCAACUCUUCCACAUGUCAUUCGUCUCCCCUCUGUUUUAUGUAUAAUCAUUAGACCUCCUUCCAUUUGUUUACUGUAGUAAAGCUUCAUCCCUAGUGUCUAGUGGUGCAAACGCAGCAAGAUGUUAUUAGCUCUAAAUAGAUCAUCGCUGCUUCCAAGUGUCUCGUUACUGUGUGACCCACCUCACCGAACAGUGCUCAAUUGGACAUAGCUCUACACAUCUGCAUAGCUCUCACCAGCAGACACUCUAUUCCUGGAGUCUCCAAGAACAUAGAAGCUGCUGUCAACCUUCCUCCACCCCAGCAGUCAUGAAAAUGAAAGGAAUUUAUUCAUCUUGGUCCAUUCAGUGGGGCUCAAUUUCUAUUUCCACUUAUAUAUUUAUAAUGUGCAUCAUGGUUCCUGUUAGAGAUGUUAUUUCUCUCUCAGUACUAUGAUAGACUCAGGACUAACAAUAAAAUGGUGCCAAAUUGGCCCCACUCACAGUUCCACCUGCUGUUAGCCUCACCUAGCAAUUUUUUUAAUAAAAAUAUCCCUCUACAUCUUUUUGCUGGUGUCGAAAACAUUGAACUAUGCUUAAAAGAGGAAAUGAUGAAUUUAUAGCUGAUACUUUGUUCUCAGUAUUUUUCAAGAUGUCCGGUAUUUCAAUACAUGAAAUGUGCUAUCUUAUUUCUUGCAUACACCCCUAUGCCAAAAAACUAAAUGCAAUGCAUUCUACUAGUGAUACAUUUGCUUUUUACUUGGGAAUUUUGACAUCCAUAUGAAAAAUUCCAAGGGAGUGACAUAAUCUUUACAAAUAAACAAGUGCUGCUUUGAAAUAUUUUCCUUUUUUUUUAAAUCUUAUCUGUGCCGCAGAAGCAUUGUUCCAUUCCAUAGUUGCAGCACAUGUACCCCAGCAAUAAUAGUUGCCGUCACCAUGACUAAAAGAGUGUGUUUAUCCAUUUUUCUUCUAUCAAAGCACAAAGCCCAUUAAAAUCUCAUUAACGUUAUCAAGAAUUGUUUAGUUUAAAGUCAAAUGGAAAUAAUGUUCUUUUUUUUAAAUCUCCUUUAACUGGUGUUUGACAUGUUUGACAUGUCAUGAUUCCCUUUUAUUCCAGAAGUUUGGUCCUUAAGGGGUUAAGUCUCGGUUACUUUACCAAAAAUAUUUCACUGACAUGAACAUCAAGUUAGACAAUUCAUUAUGUUAAACAGGGAAAGUAACUGUUGCAAUGGCUUUCCAGACAAUAUGUUUGUUAAGCAGUAAACCUACAGUAGUAAAUGCUAAAAAAUAGUACAAAGAUAAUUGUUUAGUGAAAUUUAAAAAAGGAACAUAAAUUAAAACCCAAACAAAUACAAACAUUGGUUGUCAACACGUUGGGUUGUAGUUUACAGAUAUACAGACUUAAUAAAUAUUUGUGAUAAUGAGUUGAUUUAAGCUAGCAGUUGUGGGUACAGAGUUCCCAGUUACUCUCUUUCCAUGGAGACCGAUGUUUGUUUGGUAAACAUGUCAGAUGCAUGGGAAGUAUUGCAUAAUUAUGAGACAUAUACACCCAUGACAUAAUUGUGGUAUUAUAGUGGUAUUGCAGUAGUUUGGUAUUCGAAUUUGGAAUCAUUUUUGGGAUUGUGGGAGUAUUCCUUAAUCUCUGAAUUUCCUUCUUCAAUGUCAGACAUUUAUAAAUGUUUAUCGAUUUGGGACUAUGGUUAGGUAUGUUAGGGGGUAGUGUAGGGUGUUGAAAGAAGAUGCUGAUAUUUUUCCAUAAAUUAAUUUGACUGCCCCCCCCAAAAACACUGAAUAUCAAUGGACGUUACACAAUAGUCACUCAAUGCUUUUUGGAGUUUAUACAUUAAACUAAAAAGGUAUGAGCAUCACUUUAUAUGAUAAUUUUUUUACAUUAACUCACAAUGUUCUCAGAAAAUGUAACUACUUGAAGACAGCGUUUGCCUCUUCCAAGAUGGCUUAAGGAAUUUAAGUUGAGAGGAUGUGCAUAUUGGGGCACAGCAUAUCACCUCUUAUAUAAGAUUGUCAACAUCUCACAAUUGCAUAGAUAGUGUGGAGACUAAUUGCAAGAAAUUGACAGAGUCUUUCCACAUCUCAUUGACUAUCAUAUCAUCAAGAUCUCACAGUUAGAGAUACAGGUUGCAAACCCUUAACAGAAUCCAGAAAUAUAUUUAAAGUGGCAAGAGGCAAUGAAGCAAUAUGCAUGGUGGCAUGAACUAAUUUAAAGGCAAAGAAAGAUUAACCAUAAGGUCACGCUAUGCAGCUGCCAAGGGCCUAGGGAUUAAACAAGGUCCCAGGAACCAUUAAUUUGUUUGGCCUCAUCAUCAUCGUCCUUUUUUGAAGAAUAAAGGAGGGGCCCCAAACUAUUAACCUAGUUAUCUUAAUCCUUCUCUGCCUGACCUGCAGCUCCCACAUGACCAGAUGACAUGAUUCUCCACCAGUCUCAAUGUCAAUAAAUGAGAACAUAAUUUUGUUACUGCCUCAUAAGCAUGGAGGUGGCAGCCUAAGACAUCUGAACAUGUCAGAAACUAGUGCAGCCCAUUAGUCAUGCUACAUAGUAACAUUGACACUUGACAGACGACUAUUCAUCCCUUUUCUCUUGAGUUUUGCACCAUUUGUAAAACAAUCAUUAAAUUAAGGAAGAGACGCAAGGUUAAUGAUGGCCAAUAUGUUCAAAGUACAAAGACAGGUUGUGGUGGAGGUUAUGUGCUAUUAAAAUAUGUUUAUUUAGUGAACCCGUGUACAAAUGUGAACAAAAUAAAAAGAGAAUAAUUUGAAUGCUUUAUAAUCAAUUCUAAUGUGUUUUAUUAUAAAUGACAUCCAAUCUCUUUCUGAUGUAUCAGAGUCGUGCCUUCACUAAGCAGGUUUGCAAUUUCACGCAAGCAUGUCAGCAAUGAAGGUGUUGAAAGCUCAAAUUCUACUUCUCGUCUUUUCAUCUGUAAUCUUCACACAUGCAGACAGCCAGCAGCUGUCUUAAUUUUAUGUUGAAAGAUGCUGUAUUGACAAGAUUUGAUUCAAGUGCAUUCUGUGACAGAUGUUAAUUGUCGGUCUCGGUGAAGGAGCAGUUACUUUGUGUCGAUGCCAUUUGGUGAAUUGUUAUGGUCUGUAAAUAAAAUUGCCUUCAGUCGAUAUUUUGCAGAGGAUUGCAUUCUGUGUUUCUGAUUUUGGCAGACAUAUAACUGCAAAGUUACUGCUUAUGUAUGUCACUUUGUAGCCAGCUAGCGAAUAAAGUUAAUGCUUUAAUCAAUGUUUUUUAAUAACUAUUUAUUUAGAAUUUCACUAAGAGGAAGUAGAAACAAGUAGACAGACACAAUAAGCAAUAAAAUAAUACCAUUAAUGCGGUCCCAGUCUGGGGAUUUUGCAGAAUUUGGGGGGCAGGCAAAGGUGAGUUCUACUUACCUGAACCUGUCCCUCACGGAUGCUGCCAUCUUCUCCCAGCGGGUCCUUUUCAGCAGCACCAGAAGACGGCGUCACUGCUGUACUCUUGAGCAUGCGCAAGAGUACAGCAUUGAGGUCUAUGGAGGAUCCCAUGAGACCACGGAUUGACGUCUAAACGGCAUUAGCUGCUCCCAGUGUCUACAAGUGUCAGGCGUAGAAAAUAUACACAGACAAAGUAGUCCUUAUAAAAAUGAACAAUGUUUUUGUACAGCCAUUCACCUUCUUUGUAAAUUAUGUGUGAUGUUGCUGAUAUUCAUAAUUGUCUUUGGGAUAUAUUCUAUUAGUACCACCAUGCUGUGGUUCAUUUCAUAUGUAGACUUAUCUGUAAUGCUGAAUGAAUGAACUGAUGAAUGGACUCAUUGUUCUUCAAGGGUCUAAGAAAACAGACAAAAUGGAAUGCCAGUGAACACAAUUGUUUGUAAAACAGCUGUAUGUUAUUAUCACAGUACUGGUAAAUUUGGCCCUACUGUUUAUUGUCCCAGAGGAACUGUGGGAUAUGCUUAUCCAAAUCAAGGCAAAGAACAAUGUUUAUACUAAUGCAUAAGAACAGCCUUUAUUAGUCUGUUAGGGGUUAUGCAGGACUUAGUAUAGAAACGUAUUUAACCCCUUAGGGACACAACUUCUGGAGUAAAAGGGAAUCAUGACGGAAUAUUUCCAUCAUGUGUCAUUAAGGGGUUAAAAUUGGUCUUUGUGAAUGCAUUUUUCUUCCUCUGUGAAUAGAUCUCCACAUUUAUCCAUGAUUAGUUCAUUAUAUAUAGUUAUUCAUGAAAAAGUGCUCCUUAAAUAGUGAAAUUUCUUGAACUGAAAUCAGGCUUGCCCUGUUUAGGACCAAAGUGAAGAUUUACAAUUAGCUAAAUUGGAGAAUUUCCAAAGCUUGGUUGUUUGGCGCAAAGUUCGCAAUUCAUUAUUUGAAUUAUCCCAUAUCAGCCUUUAAUUUAAUAAAUCUCUUCACGUAAACAUGGUAGGACAGAAGUCAUUGCAAAUCUUACAUCUGCCACAAUACAUUACAGAGAUUUUAUGAUAAAAGUGUUUUGCUGCAAGUAAUUCAAUUUGAAAGUCUCUAUUAAUAUUAGCAAGAGUUCUGCUUCUAGAAUGUCACUUUCACGCAGAGUAAACAGGUCUAAAUAGUGAAUGCCAUAAAGCAUGUUAAAUCUGAAUAUUGUUUAGACUGGGAGAUUACAAACAAAAUAACAUUCAGGAGGCCCUCAGGACAGGUGUCUAGUAUUAGGCUAAACAUUCAGAAUAUUCCUUGCUAAUGCUAGGUAGCUUUAAAAUUAUGAAGAACCAAAAGAAAAAUAAUACCAGAGUAUGCAGAAAAUAAAAAAAAAGCCCGCAACAUAACGGCAUCAGAGGGGUAUUAAAACCAGCCAACAGGUAUCCAGUGGCGGAUCCGGGAGGGAGAGGGGGGCAACGGCUAAUGCAGGGCUGGCAUUGUCCAAGUGCCAGCCCUGCAAUGUGCCUUCACGGACCGGAGGGGAAAUCGGAGAUCUCCCUCCCCAGUCCGCAGGCACUAUGCUGGCAGCCGGCAGGGGAGGGAGGGAUAGAGGACUCGGGAGCUCAGUCUGCAGCUCCUCCGGGUCCUACUCUCGCGAGCACGGAGCGCUGCCGCGGUUACCACGGCAACGCUCCAAAUCUCGCGAGAGUGAACUCUAGCCCUGGAGCUGUGGGCUAGAGUUCACCUCACCACCACUGGGACCACCAGGGAUUCCCACUGGACCACCAGGGAUCAAGAAAUGUCCCCCCUCCUCCUCCAGAAAAGGCAGGAAGGGAGGGGGGCAUAAAGAAUAUUUGUUUUAAUUAAAUUAAAUUGAAAAAAAACAUAUAAGAAGGGUUGGGGGCUUUUUUUAAUAAUAUGUGUUGGUUUUUUGAAAUUUUAUUAUUAUGUGUAUAUGGGGACAGUGUAUGUGUGUGUGGGGGGGAGCAAUGUGUGUGAUAAGAAGGGUAGGGGGCUUUUUUAAUAAUCACACACACACAUUGUCUCCCCCCUCCCCCACACACACACAUACACUGCCCCAUACACACAUUGCCCCCAUACACACACACUGCCCCCAUACACACACACUGCUCCCUAUACACAUAUUGACCUACACAUACACUGCCCCCCCCACACUCACACAUACACUGCAAUCCUCACACACACACACUGCAUAUGUCACACACAAAUACUGACCCACACAUACACUGCCCCCCUAACACACACACACUGCACCCCUGACAUAUACUGCCACCCUCACUCACACACUGCAACCUUCACACACACACACACACACACACACUUGUAUCCGCCACUGCAGGUAUCUCAGUCUAAAGUCAUGCCACACCUCUCUGGGGCAAGUCCGUGGUACAUCUCAGUAAGGCUGGGGGUAACGGGGCUCUAGCUUAAGAGUAGUUGCUUUAGCGUGUCAGCGCACCUCUGGUACAGGAGAGCGCCCGCUUCUCCUGUCCGGUGUGUACCAGGCUGCAUCUGCCACAUUGGGUUUUAGAAGCUCCUGACAAAUCACUGGGUGCAGCUCAAUGUGCUAAGUAUGUUGGGGAACCAAACAGUUGCAGUGACUUAUCUUGUCGAUCCAGUAAAAGUUGCUAGAAGUAGUUAUUAUCAGAACAGUGGAGGAGCUCACUCAAUAUGCGACUCUCCUCCAUUGCAGUCAGGCCCCGCGCCCGCUAAUACACUUUUAAUAGUGUUUAUUCAUUAGUAAGUAACACCAGAGAGUCAAAGAGUUGUUAAAUAAUCAAUUAAUAGAAAUUGGUUGUUUAGCUAUUUUUUUUUUGUGCUUUCGAAUUAGAAUUUUCAUUUGCACAUCUUGCAAAUCUUUUCGUGCGUCUGUGGCUCUUGUUAUAAACAAAUCCAAUGAAGAAAAAUCAACAGUUCUGUUUUUAUUUAUUUUUUGCCAAACAUUAAAUGCAACAUUUCAAAUAUGUUUAGAGCAUCAGCUUUCUUUAGUCAGUUAACAGAUCAGGACCAAGAAGCAUACCUCCCAAGUGUCCCUAUUUAGGAAGGACAGUCCCUGUUUUGCACUUAAAUCCCUCUGCCCCUCUUUUCUGUCCUAAUGUCUCUAUUCUCUAGGAACUUUAUAUUUUUAUUGUGUCUGAAUGUAUAAUAGAUCUCCACGGCAAUAAUACUCACAGUAAUGUGUGUUUAAUCUACAAUAUAUGUGGUUUAGAAAUCAGUUUGUGUAAAAAAUAUAUAUCUUGUUCUAAUUACAUUUUAGUUGCAUAAAUUGUUAUUAGUAAUCACCUAAACUUUCACCACCACCACCCCCACAUAUCACACCCCUAAAAUUAAAGUGUCCCUCGUUGUCCAUUUGAAAUGUUGGUCGGUAUGGACAUGUAAUUUCCCAUUUUAGUGGUUUAUUCGCUAAAUAGAGAAAUGUGGUGUCCUAAGGGUCAGCCUGCAACUUUUAGACCAGAAAUGACAAAAAUAGUGGGAAAAGUGAAUCUGAUAGCUGUAGAGGGGUGAAAAGUGCACAUGAAAAGAGAUUGUAAGAGCAUUCCAUGCUAAGACUGACAUGAUCCAAAAGGGAAAAAAAGCCAGUUGAAUCCACAAGGAGUGUUUUACUGUAUUGUGUUUGCUUUUCUCAGUUCAUGGGAGGUUCAUCAUGCUUUCCUUGUUUAUAUUGCUCAGGGAUUUGUAUCCAGCUGUCUUUUACCAUUCUUCUGUUUACAAGCACAAUUCAUUUGUUUCCUUUGUUUAGAAGAAAAAGUCACAGAGAACUCUGUGGGCAGAAAGACAUUAUGAUUAAUUACAUUCUUCUCUACUAUCCGAGUAUGAGUAGACAAAUGUCAAGUGUGACCAAGUCAGUUAAAGGGAUACUGUAGCCACUGUAAUGGUUUCAUCUCAUUGAAGUGGUUAUAGUAUCUGGCGUUGCCUAGUAAAAUCAUUCCAUUCAGCAUUAACAUAUUUUUAGUGUUUUAAUGCUAAACAAGAGUCCCUAGCAGCCCAUCCCCUCACGAUUGCUUGGACUAACGAGAAAGCAUUAACCUAAGCAUUAAUGGGCUCUGUGAUUGGCUGAGAGUGUUAGCUGAUCACUUUCAGCCAAACACAGCACCCAUUGCUGGUAUGAAUUGGUAAGGUUAGAAGGAAGUGUGUAAUCUCUGCCUUAGCCAUACGUCCAGUGUGUCCUCUUUUUUCAUUUUAAAAAAUUUGGAUAUUUUAAUAAAAAUUCACACUUUUAUAAAUUAAGCUUUUUUCACCCCCUGGCUGUGAAUUGGACAAAUGGUCCUGUUACUUUCUGGUUGGUUAGCUCAGUGGAGAAAAACACAAAAGGCAGCAAUUGCCCAGAGCACCUGCCUUACAAAGACUUGUCAUUGAAUUGUAUUGGGAAGCCUAUGAUUGGACAGCCACAGAAAUUAUGAGCUGGGUUAGAAGGGGGGAGCUUGCAAAGGCUUCAGACAAGAGAACUGCACCUUUUCAAGCUGUUUUUACAUAUACCCCUAAUGAAAAAAUGCAUACUUAACUACAUGCAUGUUUUCAUUUGGGAUAUAUCUACUAAAGAGUGAUAUUUUUGUAAUUUAAAAAAAAAUUUGGACAGUGGAGUGUCCUCUUAAAAAAGUUGAGAUAUAGUCUGUUCUUUAGAUUGAUGAUCAUCAAUGUUGAUUAGAUACUUAAGAUCCUUGAAAUUGUGCCUCUGCUUAUUGAGUAGUGCUGAACUUUUUCUUUCAGGAUGUCAACUUGGUACUGUAAGCUCGUUUGAGCAGGGUCCUCUUCAACCGAUCGUUUCUGUAAGUUUUCUUGUAAUUGUCCUAUUUAUAGUUAAAUCCUCCCGCUCAUAAUAUUGUAAAGCGCUAAGGAAUAUGUUGCUAUAUAAAUGGCAAUAAUAAUAAUGGGAGAAAUGUACUCUUUAGUUGGCGCUGGUGGAGUUGUCAAAGCACUUUGCAUUACCUUGCAUUGCAAAUUCCACUGGCUCAAAAAAACACUAUAUAUAAAAUAUAAUAAUAUAUAAUAUAUAAAAAGUUUGUCGAGAGCCACGUUGGACCAGGAAUCAAUAGGAAUCAAUGUUCCUAACAUCCUAUUAAUGUUUGUUUGCUCUGAAACUGUUAAUUCAUUAAGUUACUUCACUUAAUUUUCAUUAACUUCCAAAUUAUUGCCAUGAUUUAAUAUUUGUGGAGAAGCUUUUCAGAUGAUUUUAUAUUUUUGGAGAAACUUUUAAAAUGAUUUAAUAUUUUGAAUUUUUUUUUAAAUAUUUUAAUAUGUUGAUUUUUUAUAUAUAUAUAUAUAUAUUGAUAUAUAUUUUAUGUAUGAUAUAUUUUGGAUAUUUUAAUAUUGUUAAUAAAGAAUUUUAAAAGUGUAUCCAAAAAUAUGAAAUGAUUAAAAAAAUAUGGAGUUGAGGUCUGGACUAGAAGACUAUAUUAUUAUUAUUAUUAUUUUAUUAUUUAUAUAGCGCCAACAAAUUCCGUAGCGCUGUACAAUGGGUGGACUAACAGACACAUAAUUGAGAUCAGACCACUGACGUACAGGAACAGAGGGGGUUGAGGGCCCUGCUCGAUGAGCUUACAUGCUAGAGGAUCUAUUUAAAGGUGAAUAUUAGUCCCCCCCCCCCCCCCCAGCAAGACUGAAGUGAGAAUUCAUAGUGAAUUUCAAAUUUAAAGUCAAAAUAGCCAAAAAGGAAAAAUGGACUAAAUCAGCAGUUGCUCCUAGUUCUAUUACUUUGGCCUGACAUUUUGAAUCUUCUGACUGAGCCUGCGAGUUUAAAAAAACUCUCAAAAUAGGUCUAUACAGCAGUACCCACAACUUUCAAAAAAUUAAACGUUAAUGGAAGCUUCUAUAUUACUUGAAGGCAACAAAAAAAGUCACUGUGGCCACAUUUGUUCCUUCACAACCUUUCAUUAGAAAGAAGCUUCUCCAAAUAGAAACAUUCUGUAGGAGUUUCCUAGAAUGUUCAUCUUUCAGUCGGGAAGAUGAUGGGGGUUGUGCCGUGUUUUAUCUGUUUUUUUUGUUGUUGUUUUUUAAGUUGUCGACAUGUCAAAAUAUCAUGAUUAUUUGGGCAUUAUCUUCCAUCACACACAUUCUUUAUUGAAAGUGUAGACAUAUACAUUUACGGGACAAAAAUAUUUAUGGAACAUAUCUAUUUUUUUUUAAUUUAUUUUUUUAUAGAUGAUGCAUUAAAAAUAACUAACAAUCAAUAAAUAAUGCAUUUUAUAGGUAUCUAAUGCUACUGACAGCAAGUGGCAGCGGCAGAAUGGUUCCUCCCUAACUAGGCAGUAGCUCACCAAUUAGAUGCCUCAUAUUUUGGUCUAUUCAUAUUCCAUGAACUCUGUAUAGCAAGUGUUUAUGGGAUCAGCAGAUUAUCUCCCAAGUGUAGAAUAAGUGUAACUGCUAAAACUGAUAGCACCCAUGCCACUCUGUUUGGUGAAUGGAACUGUGUGCAGUAAUCUGCAGAACUGUAUAUGUCUUUGCCCUUUUUCCAGAGAGGAGUUUGAGAUUUGUCCUAGUUGUCCUAGUUGAUUGAUAGUUCCAUCUACCUGACUGGCAGCUCCGAGUCUCUGCAGUUGUAAGUCACUUUCACAGCUGAGGGUGGACACAGAAUGCUCAAUGCAGCAUCAAGUUUGCAACAAUGUAAAGUUGUUAUGGUGCUUAAAAGAACAAUCGUUCUAAGGUAGUAAUUCAGAAAUAAAAUGAUAACUUUUGCAGGACUAGUAUCGUUGAAUGAAAAUAACAGAAUGUAUUCUGUCCUCUUUUGAACUUACAGAAGUAAACUUUGGGAAUUUGGAGAUGGAGACGGAAAUGUACUCCUUUUUUAUUUCGGCACAGUUCAGGGAUUAUGGGAUAAAAGCUAGAAGCAGGCAGGUGGCCAAAUUCUGUUGUUCUGGAUGACUAGACUCUCCCAGUGCAGUUUCAGUCUCAGUGACAAUAUGUGGUAUGCUCCCUUUCCUGCAGCUAUUAAAGACAUGGGUAAAGAAUGCUCAACAAGAGAGUUUGGUUAUUUAUGCAAGUAGCAAGCCAGAAGCUUAUUGUUACGCAUAAGGCAAAACAUAUUGACAUUCCGGUUUGAUCAAUGAAAAUCACUACUUUGCAUUACAAUCAGAACAACAGAUUUCAGCAUAAUUUCUUUGCUGUCUCAUUAUAAUAUGUUUUUAUAAAGGUGUGUGUCUCCUGUAUGCUGUGUUUUCAUCAAAAAAAUUCAACAAAAAAGUUAUGAGCAAUAAGGGCAGUUGCUUGUUGUUUCCUGAAAUAAAAUUGUUUAUUAACCUCAGCUUUUCAAAUUUUGUUAAUAAAUUCAGUGGAAAACAAAAAUUGAUAGAAUCCAAAGGUUGUAUAACACAAGUUCAUUUGGCAAUGAGGGAUAGUAACAUUAUUCGCUAGCACAUAAAGAGUUAUAUAACCUUUGAUAUAUAAAGAAAAAAAAUCUAAAGGUAUUCUAGAUAUCAAUCUCAUAUACAGGAAUUACACAUACAGCUUUUCCAGAUAUAGGUAGCAUAUUUGUAUAAAUACAAUAAUGAAAACAAUUAAUUACAAUUUUUAUAGCAUAGCUGCAAGAGAAAGUUUAUGCUUGCCCUUUUUAAAAUGUAUGCAUGACAUCAUUUUAUAGAUGAAUAACUAUAUCAUCUUAAAUUUUAUCUAGUAAAAUAAAAUAAGCAUAAAUUCAAAGAGAUAAAAUGGGAUAUUAGAUAGACAUAUCUGUAAAUAUACACAUACUACAAAUGUAAUAGAUACACUUAAUAGCAAAAAGUAUGAUCAGAUUAAAGGGACACUCCAGGCACCCAGACCACUUCUGCGGAUUGGAGUGGUCUGGGUGCCAACUCCCACUACCCUUAACCCUGCAAGUGUAAUUAUUGUAGUUUUAAUAAACUGCAAUAAUUACAUUGCAGGGUUAACUCCUCCUCUAGAGGCCACUAGAGGGCAUUUCUGGGAUUCUAGCAUAGGUUUUCUGUGCUAUAGCGUCGCUGGACGUCCUCACGCUGUGUGAGGACCUCCAGCAUCGCUUAAAUCCCCAUAGGAAAGCAUUGAAAGCAUUUUCAAUGCUUUACUAUGGAGCGGUCUAAUGCCAUUGCCGUGCAUGCGCAUAAGGUCUCCCCCGCCGGUGGGCAUGAUCGGUCUCCCCCUGACGUGGUGACGGGGAGGAGCGUGGGCGGACCUAGAAGCAGUGCCGAGGGACAUCAGCGCUGCCUCAUGUAAGUCACUGAAGGGGUUUUGACCCCUUCAGCAACCGGGAAUGGGAGGUGGGAGGGAGAGGGGACCUGCAGUGCCAGGAAAACGAUUUGUCUUCCUGGCACUGGAGAGUCCCUUUAACUGAGGAUGGCUUUUGGAGUGACAGCCCUAGACCCAUUAUAGGGACCAAAAUACACACAAAACAGCUAUAAAAUAAAUGUUAAGGGAUAUUAUAGUGCCAGGAAUACAAAACUGGAUUCACUGCCUCUCCCCUCCCUCGCACUCCCCCUGCUCCGGUGAAUAAAGUGUUAACAACCCUUUAUUUCCUUACAUGAUCCCAGCACCCAUGUCCCUUGGCACUGGGUGGUGGCUCUGCUGCAUCCGUCGCUCAAUGAUGGGGCGCUAAUGUGCAUGCGCAGCAAGUGCCCUGCGCCCAUUAGGCCCUUCCUAUAGGAAAACAUUCAAUCAAUGCUUUCCUAUGGUGAAAUUGCUGCUGCUGAAUGUGCUCAUGCACAGUGUGAGGACAUCCAGAGUCAGUUAGCGGAGCAAAAGUCCGAUAAUGUUCCAGAAGCACCUCUAUGUAGGGUUAAGAUGAUAAAACAAUCAUGGCCAUUCUUUCAGGUCAACAUGUGUCUGUUUCCUACUAAUACAUUUUUUUCAUAUACCAAGUUUAACAACAAUCUUCAGCUUGCAAAUAGACUACUGUAUAACUAAUAAAAUAAGCUAUAAUCUCAUGCUUAAUGUGAAUAAACAGUUGUAAAGUACAUUUACAAAAAUGAAACAAUGCUUUAAUGCCUUAAAAUAUUAACAGUUAAUGUUUAUGUGCUACUGUAAAUAGUUUGUAAGGCUUUCAAGUAUUGCUCUGAGUUGUAAAGAAGCGUAAUGAAAACACAGAGUAGUGGAGCGGUAAUAUACACUUAGGGAGCUGCAGACUUUGUUGUUUUGUUAAGAGACAGAACAGUAAAAAAAAAAGCAAUUACACACUGUUUAACCCCUUAAGGACCAAGCUUCUGGAAUAAAAGGGAAUCAUGACAUGUCACACAUGUCAUGUGCCCUUAAGGGGUUAAAGAUGAGCUAUUUUAUUUUACACAGCAUUGUCUUUAUGUAUCAAACCACUCAUACAGAUUUUUUUUGUGUUCCUAUUUGUCGUUUCAGAUUGUAAACCUGAUCUACCUACUAUUCAUGUCAAAUUUCGUAAUAGUUUGUCUCAUUUAUUGUUAAAGCCACACGUUUAUAACAUUGUAAAUCGCUGCAGAAUAAGUUGGCUGUAUAUAAAUUGCAAUAAUAAUAAUAAUAAUUACAAAUCAGUGAUGGCCCAAAAGUCCAUCUCUGGUUGGACAUGCCAAGCAAUUGACAUGUUUACUCUGCUCAAAUGGUGUGGAGAGAGUUCACACAUAUACUCAACUGCUAGUGUAGCUGAGACAAAGCAGAAGGCUAUGCUUGUAUUAAGAGAAACCUUAUUCAAGGCUCCCAUGAGGUUCAGUGCUGUGCAGUAACUUAAUAAUGCCAUGUAUGCAGGGUAUGCCAGGAUAUGCCUUGAAUGACCCACCUCAAGAAGGUUCUUCUAGUUAACAAAGACAUUUUACACGGGGGAAGGCACAGAACCUUGUUCUCUUGUAACAACACAGCAUGAAUGUCAUGCUCCAGUUGAAAAAGUAUGCACACUGAAGGAAGUCUCAUUACAUAUUCCAUUAACCGUUGUUUUUUGUUUGAAGGAGAGGUGACUCAGGACUCCUCAGGAGGGGACCUGAACUUACUGCUCUACACCAUUGUCUGCACAAGGGUUCCUGUAACCCUUGACAUAUGUUUUGACCUCUCAUUAUCCUCAUCAAUCAAGUACACUAGUAUAUCUCUUGACGCAUGGAAAAAAGGGUCCAUGUCUGGAUUACUCAUUGCUCUUUACGAGACCUGUUUCAUACAUUCAGUAUUCAAAUGCAAAAUAUAUACAUAUGUAAUCAAUACUUAGUUUAAAAUAUAGAUCUGUGAAUGAUCUUCAGUUUGGUCCACAUGAAGCCACAUGAAAAAAAUAAUGUGCCAUAGGUAUGGUGUGGCUAUAAUUCUGCGGUUAAAAUGUAAAAAUAAAUUGCUAAUAAUAAAAAAAAAAAAAAUACAAUUGAAUGCUUUUUGUAUAGCCUGCACAGAUACAUUUGUUCAUUUAAUGUGUUUUUCAGUAUACAAGGUGAGGUUUCAGUUGCCAUUCUGUGAAAUGUUAGAUUAUUAAUAGAAUGGAUUGCAAAUUAACCCUUACAAGUGCUUGUGCCUCCAAGCAUUUCCCUCUCCACGUGUGAUGUUUUUUUUUCUUCACUUAUGACUCAUCCAUAGAAGAAUGUUUUAACCCUUUUAUUUUUUUCAUAUACACAUUUUAAAAUGUGAUUUAAGUCUGGAUUAGUGAAGUGUAACACCAUUGUUUCGUGGAAGCUUGUUGUAUGACGUAUUACAAUGAUUCUGCUGGCUGGACCUGCUAAUGAUUAUACCAGGCAAAUCGUUUGACGUCUACUUCUUCAACAUUUUCCAUUUUCCUGUGACCUCUUCAGGCAUUAGAGUCUCCAUGUGGGAAUUCUUUGCCAUUGUAGGUUUUUGGGAAAUGCCCUACUUAUUUAAAAGGGCAAGAGGUCAAAUUGCUGUAAAUUGUGUUUUUUUGCCUGAAUCAAUCUGCAACCUCAUUUUAUACAUUACAUGAAAUGACGGUCUUUCAACCUUCUACUUACAUUCAUAAUUAAUGUAUUGGGCAAUCUCAAUGUGUUAAACACAAUCAUUCUUUAUUCAUGAAACUAAGGUGAAUAUGGGGGUAGGAGGGUUCCUGUAUACAUGCACUUAACAUCUGGGAAUGCAAGAAGUUUUAGGAAAUUGAAAAUUUUAAGUUAAAAGUAUCAUCCUUCUUUAAGAUAUCUCAGUGUAGCAGUGUGUACAGCAUGUGACCAAAAAUGCACUUGCACAGCAUUAUGGGUAAAAAAGGGCUAUACAUCAACAGGAUAACCCAGGCAAACAGCAGCGAUAAGCAUGUUUUAAAUGCACCUCUAUUGCGCACCUUAAUCCAGUGUUCAAUGGAAUUUACUGGGGUGAGGAAAAUGAAUUUGAAAAUAAAUUGGAAAAGUCCUUUUUAGUAGACCUGUGUUUUCAAACCUUUUUUAAACUAUUACUAGUAAAUAAUGAAUCUAUUCACGCAUACCUCAUAGGUAAGUCACAUGCUAUCAAUUCACCUUGCAACUUCCAGAUAAAAAGCAAAAUCACUUUUUAACUUAAAGGACCACUCUAGGCACCCAGACCACUUCAGCUUAAUGAAGUGGUCUGGGUGCCGGGUCCAGCUAGGGUUAACCCAUUUUUUCAUAAACAUAGCAGCAUCAGAGAAACUGCUAUGUUUAUGAAUGGGUUAAGCCUUCCCCUAUUUCCUCUAGCGGCUGUCUCAUUGACAGCCGCUAGAGGCGCUUGCGUGCUUCUCACUGUGAUUUUCACAGUGAGAGCACGCCAGUGUCCAUAGGAAAGCAUUAUGAAUGCUUUCCUAUGUGACCGGCUGAAUGCGCGCGCAGCUCUCCGCCCAGCGCUGGAAAAAGGUAAGUUUUAACCCCUUUCCAGAACCGGGCGGGAGGGGGACCCUGAGGGUGGGGGCACCCUCAGGGCACUAUAGUGGCAGGAAAACGAGUAUGUUUUCCUGGAACUAUAGUGGUCCUUUAAAGCACCAAUUUGUUUUGUUAGUGUGGGAAUCCCAAUGAAUUGUUAGUAAAGGGCUCAAGUUUGUCUUGAUUUUGGCAGGUGAGUUUACACUUUAAUUGAAACAUAUUUUACUUAUAAUUUUUUUUGCUUUUUGUCAUAUAUUUUAGCUGAUUAAUACUAGAAGCUUUUUUUCCUUUCAAUAGUAGUGGAAGUUUGAGUGCAUGGCUUAUUUCUCUAUGUAUGAAAGAAAAACUAGUUAAAGUUUCCUGGGGACAAAGUUGAAUUGGCGAUCUAUACCAAGUCUGUGGUAGACGUUACCAGCAAAACUAUUAACACAAUUUAUAGACAUGUCUCUCCAUGAUUGUUUCUUAUAAUGGCUACUUGGAACAGUUUGGAACAACCUUCAUUCUUCAGCUGCAGAAAUGGCCUCUGUAGCUAAUAAAGAUCGCUCCCCUCCUGUUUUUCACCCAGCACUUACUUCCUUUUUCAUGCUGGGCAUUGCCAAAUCAAUGCUUCUCCAAAAAAAAAAUAACAAUAAUAAUUAUAUUUAUGGUUAUAUCAAUUCAAGUGACAUUUUUUAAGAUUUGUUUUAACAUGACUAUUAAAAUGGAGACUUACUUUAUAAAGCUACUGUGGGCUAACAUACUUAUCAGACCGAGCCAACUAUUGAAUGUGGUUGAUUCAGGGGCGUACCUAGAGCAUUUGGCACCCGGGGCGGAUCCUGUGCUUGGCACCCCCCCCGCCCCCUCCCAAAAAAAAAAACCCUGUAAAAAAUGUUAAAGGUUUUAUUUCUUUUAUUUUUACAAUUUGUAAACUUUGCAAAACCGCUGUCAGCCCCUCCUACAAAACCCUUGUCCUGCCCUGCCCCUCCUACAAAACCUCUGUCCUGCCCCUUCUACAAAUCCUGUACUGCCCCAUCUACAAAACCCCCGCAACCCCCUUCCACAAAUCCCCUGCUUAUCCCCCCUUAUAAAGACUCCUGUCCCAAUACAAAACCCCCACCCCCUUCUACAAAAUCCCUGCAGCCCCACACACACAUUUACAGGCAGACAGUCACACACUCAGUUACAGACACAGUCACACACUCAGUUACAGACACAGUCACACACUCAGUUACAGGCAGACAGUCACACACAGUCACAGGCAGACAGUCACACACAGUCACAGGCAGACAGUCACACAUACACAUUUCCUCCGUGCGGCCAGUUUAUCAGCUGUUUGCUUGAGUGAGCUGUACUGGCCGCACGGCACCCUAACUACCAUGGGACACUGUGCGGCCACAGCUCACACAGCCCCCUCCAGCCAGGGCCGGUACAAGGAUUUUUGCCGCCCAAGGCAAAAGUAAAGUUUGCCGCCCCCCAUGUGACAUCACAAUGCCCCAGCCAUAUGAUUUGCCAUGUUAACUAACACUGUAUUCACUGUAUUUAAUUUUCCACCAGUUGUACUUUUCUUUAUAGGAGUUUGCAUCAUUUAUAAUGAGACAUCCAGAGCAGCUUGUAUUUUUCUUUUUCUGCCCUCUACAUCCAGGAAGAGCAGAAAUCAAAACUCAGAACUGAUUUAUGUUUUUAGUUAGAGAGUUAAAGAGUUAGAGAGUUAAAUCACCCAGAGCAGCGGGAGUUUGGACGCUGUCAGAGUUAUUUACUAAAGUGAGAAUUCAAAAUGAAGUCAAAGUGAAUCUCAAAUUCAGGGUCAGAGUAGCAAAACUCAAAACUUUGGUGACUUAGAAAAUGUAUACAUUUUGGCAAUUUUGACCAUUCAUUUCAAAUUCACUUUGAAAUCAUUUAGAAUUUUAAUUUUAGUGAAUAACUCUUACUGUGUGUAAAUCACCCAUCCAUAAGCAGUUUGUCCAAGGCAUCUGGAGUUGGCAUACUGUGUGUGCUGAAACCAGAUGCAAAAGUUUCACAAUCUUCAUAUUGUCAGCCAGACAGAGUGUAUUCCAGCUGGCUGACUGACAGCAGAUCGAGGCAACAUUACAAACAACAACAACAAAAAGAGUUAAAAGUAUGUAGCUCCUGAAUGAAACAUUUCUAAAAAGAAAGGCUUCAGGUACAGAAUAUUUGCUCCAUAACAAUGUGAGUAAGGUAAAAUUUUUACGGUGCUAUGAUAUCCCUUUAAGGAUGUGCAAAACCUUUUUUUCUAUAAAUUUUAACUCAAUGUUACAAUUUUAUGGGAUGAUGUUUGGGCAAUUUCCUUCUUUGCUAGACAGUUCUACAAUUUUCUUUGAUGCUCCGUAUUUUUUGUUUUACCUUGUAAAAUGUGUUUUACAUUUUCAAGUAUUUCAUAAAACAUGUACAUCAUAAAACAUUGUCAGUUAUGAAAUACACUGAAUUGUACCAUAGUUUGCUCUUCAUGAAAAUAAUAUAAAUAUAUAAAUCAGUAUAUCUAGAAAUAAUCUUAUGUGGACUGUGUCACAUUAUCAUAUAUACAUUUUAGUAUUACUUUAAUAGUAAUAGCUUAUCAUUAUUUGUAAUAGCUCCCAGAUUUUUAAGAAAAUGCCAAUACAUCUCUAAAUAAAAGCUGGAACAAAUUUUAAUAAAUUUUAAUAUGCAAGGAGAGCGUAAUCUAAGGUCCAAGAAAGUUAAGUGUAUGGAAUUGGGGAACCUGUAUAAUUUUAAACUUGGUUUCCAAGCCUGAUAUCACAUAGGAAUUAGCUCAACAGAAAAACAAACAAACAUCAUUCUGUAGAGCAGCUUAUCACAUAUCCUCCUUGUAAACAGAAGUCAUCAAAUGCAGCCUCUUAAAAUAGCACACAGCUGCACUAACUGCUUCCUCCCCAUCCAGUAUUCACACUUAACUUGUUUUCUCCAUCCCCCACUUCCACAGAACAUGCUUCCUUCACUGUACCAAAAUACCCUCUACUGUGCUGCCUGACUGGGUUCUCUUGACAAAAGAUCCCAUUCUAACAUUCCGUAAGACUAGCAGACUUAUCCUGUGUCCUCAUCCUCCCCUUUUUCCUUAAUUCUACAGUAGUUUUGAGGGACUGAAAGCUCAGAAAACAGACAUCAUCUCAUGAAUACACAGUUCCAAGCAGUAGCGGCUGGUGAAGUUUUAAGAUGGUGGGACUCCUCCUAGGCACCAGACUCCUCUCCCAGAAUUUUACUCCUCUCUAUCCAGUACAGAGAUACUCAUACAAUAGAGAGAUGAGCAUAAUACAGAGAUGCUCAUACAAUAAAACAGGCUGGGCAUGACAUAACGAUAAAACACAUAGAGCUGAGUACAAAACUGGGGUAGGAGAGGGGAGUAAGGACCACUGGGGGAGCAAGGGGGGGGAGUAAGGACCACUGGGGUAGGAGGGGGAGUAAGGACCACUGGGGGAGGAGGGGGGCGUAAGGACCACUGGGGAGGAGGGGGGGAGUAAGAACCACUGGGGGAGGAAAGGGUGGAGUAAUAACUACUGGGGGAGGAGGGGGAGUAAGGACCACUGAGGGAGGGGAGGUAAGGACCACUGAGGGAGGAGGGGUAGGUCCACUAAGGGGUUUGGGAGAGGGAGGACCACUAAGGGGGGAAAGGACCACCAAAGGGGGGUAAGUAGGGAGGACCACUAAGGAGAGGGGAGGAGGGUAAGGACCACUAAGGGGGUGGGGGAAGGAGGGGAAUGUCUACUAAGGGGUUUGGGAGAGGGAGGUCCACUAAGGGUAGGGAUGGAGGACCACUAAGGGGGAGUGAGAAGACCACCAAGGGGGGGACUACAGGGGGCCAAGGGAGAGCACUAAGGGACAGGAGGGAAUGGGAAAUCAAUAAUUGACAGGAGGGUGAGCACUAUCAAAAAAUUAAAAAAAUAAAGAGCUGCUCCCCUCUCAGUCCCUAUCCUACCCCACAAACCCUCUCUUUUACACUACACACAUACACAAUGCAUCCCCCCCCCACAAACACACACACAGAAACAUACAAUGCAUUCCUACUCACACACAGACACACCCGAAACACACAAUGCAUCCCUUACAUUCACACAAACACACACUGCAUCCCCUAUAAACACACUACAUCCCUUACAGAAAUUGGUAUCCCUAUACACUACAUUCUAUAAGAACACACACACGUUGCAUCCUCUACAAUAACACAUAAAACAUCACAUACACUCCACUUCCUGUGAGAGGUGGAUUUAUGGGUGGGCAUUGUAGGCAUACUCACGGUCAAGCCCUGGGGGCCCAGACCUUGAGCUGUGUAAGGGGCCCUAAAAAAUGGAGCUGCUUCCUGUUCGUUAAUUGUUGUGAGCACUGUUAAAAACAGUCUCCAGAGAGCCUCUUCUACACCAGACCUGUGGAGCCAGACAGAGCCCAUCAUCAUCCUCUUGUCCUCAUCUGGUGGUAAGUAGGCAAUCCAAUAUAUUAUUAGUGGCACUAAUCUCUAAUUUACCUCACAUUAAAUGGAUACUAUAGUCACCAGAAGCACUACAGCAUAAUGUAGUGGUUCUGGUGUCUAUAGCCUGUGCCUGUAGGCUUUUUAAUGUAAACACUGUCUUUUCAGAUAAAAGACACUUUGUGAAGAAUGGCAGAGCAUAUGGGCAGGGCAUUGUGAUGUCACAUGGUGGGCAGGACAUAUGGGGGGGGGGGGCGGCAAAAUUUUUUUUGCCUAGGGCGGCAAAAUUCCUUGCACCGGCCCUGCCUAAGACCCAGAUGGAAGAGCGUCCACUGGUUACAUGUUUCAGGGAUAAGGAACAGAAACCAAUAUUAAAUACUAGCGUAACUGGCAUUUGAAAAUUAUGUUGGGUAACCGUGUGUGAUUUUAAACCCAAUCUACUGCACUAUUUACAGGUCUUACACUCAGAUUCUGCUACUUACCCAAAACUCACAUUGCACACACACACACACACACACACACACACAUGCUCACAACACUAUCUUUGGGAGGAGGGAGUGUUCCUUUGUAGUGAUUUUUUUUGUCUGCCCUUGCUUUGUCCUCUUAGCCCUAUUUAUCUUUGUUAUUCUUUCAUGUUCAAACAUUGUAGCCAAGACUUUAUUGCUGUAUAGAUUGUAUUCAUUUGUUUGAAUCUCUGUUUCUCUUUCUCAGGGCUUAUUGUUGUGCUUGUCAUGUUAACAUAGAAUGACUUCUGAUUCCAUUAGUGUCUGCCGAUGAGUAUACAUGUGUAAGGCAUAUCCUCUUCCCCUUCGUUUAGACUUACAAAAAAAAUUAUAUAUAAUUAUCUCAAAUUUCCAUUCACCAUUCAUCUUUGGUUAGUGACUUGUAGCCUCGGUAAGUAUAAAUUUACUUCUGGUGACCAUGCUAUGGUUAACAUUUAUGGUCUGGCCAAUAGAAUAGGACUUCAAAUUUUUAGUAUCUCUCUCUUUUAUGUAUAUAUUCAGGGUUCAAAAUUUGAAGAAAACACAGAAUAUGAGAACUCUGAGAAUGGUCAAAAACAUACAGAAACCUCAGUAGCUUGCCCUUUGGUUAGUCCCCACUCAGGUCUCAAUAAUGUCUUUGCUCACUUGUGCCAUUACAUAGAAAGACAAUAGCAUUUGUAUAUCAGACUGAUCUUAGCCAUAAGGGCAGUCCAGAGAUACAGCAAGUAAAAACAAAAUACAGGUAGUGCCAAAGAGAACAAGCAGGGUAAGAGGUCUAAAAGAUUUCUAAAAACACAAUAUAAAAUAGUCCUUGAUAUAGUUCAACAGUAAAAGAAUACAAAAAUACCAGUUAGUAAGACACAGUCUAAAAGUAGUAACAUUGAGCAGUGAGUGAGCAAAGCAGCAGAAGCUCCUGGCCCCUGCCAAAUAUACUCCUACAGAUGACCGUACAAAGAAUCCUAGGUGGGGAUUAUACCAUGUUCAGGUUGUAUACUCCGACUGAGUAUAUCCGCUGUAGUACUCCCAAAUCCCAAGUGAAGGAGUGAUUAAAGCUCUGACCUACCCAAACAUCAGCAUAGAGCUGAUGAAGGGUACAACAGGAAUAAUUUAUUCUGGCUGCUUUUAUACACAUCAGGGUUACAGUCACAUACACCCAUAACACUCCCACAACACACCCAUAACACUCCCACAACACGCCCAUGAAUUUCUGAGUCAGGAUGACUAAGCAUAAAAGCAUAAAAUACAUAAAAUAUUAAAAAUACAUAUAAGACAUAUAGGAACCCCCACAAAUUUUAAAUUGUUAAAUAGCCCUGAUCUGAACUAAGUUCUCCAAAUAGCGCUCAGAUCCAUACAGUGGACUUCCGAACAGGGUCUUUGUAUAUGGCCCAUAGUCAGUGGGCAGGAGGCCAGCUUCUACACUCCUCCAUGAAUUUGUGGCAAACGUCCAGGGAAAGGAGCGCUUGUCACACAAAUGAGCUGCCUCUUCUAUUUAUUCAUUGUUCAGUUAUUCAGCGUUGUUCCAUCCCUCCUUGGUUGCUUUGUAUCCAUAGAGACAGCAACCCCGGAUGAUAAUUUUUUGGCCUUCUUUGGUCCUCUUCACGAAGGUACAGUAAAUACCCUUCAAGACACAGUGAGCACAAAUUCCAUGUCUGGAUUACCCGUUUAACUUUGGGAGAGCCUAAGUAAAUGAAUUGCAACAAAUUGAGAAUAUGAGAAAAAUUUAAAGUACUACACUACUAACCAGACGGAAACCUGGGGACUACCGGCAUGAUAAACACAGUAGGCUGUAGUAGUUAUAAUACUUUGAAUGUCCCUUUCAAGCACAACUAAAAUGAUUGCAUUUUGUUGAAAUUAAUCGCAACAUGUUUGACAUUUUGUCUUGACUGGGUGUGAACGUGUUAAAUGUUGUACUGUUAAAAUUGGCGUAGCUUAAGAAUCAAGACACAGAAGUGAAAAAUAUAGGAUUUGUUGCAACUUAGAGAACAAUAACUGGUAUUGAAUUGUGGAACGUGUAAUGUAAACCGUGCAGUAGAUAUCAUUUUUAGGGAACCUCAUUUGGUGCCAAUGUUUGAGACUGUGUUUAUAUAAAGUAAAUUUUCUCCAGUGUAUGUUUACCUAAUGCAUACUGAAAUAAUAUUAGUGAAUAAUGUCUGAGGGUUCAAUAACCUGCCAAGUUUAUUAAUAACAUCUGUACUUGAAUAACAUUAAAUAUUUCAUACAAAGUUUGAGAUCCCCCACACAUCCCCCCACCCCUAAAAGGUACAAGUAUAUGCACUACCAAUCAGAGAUGGCACACCAUCAUUUACUCUCACUUUUCAAUGGCUGAUCUCAAAAUAAUGUCCUUAAAUGCUAGGGGACUCAACACUCUGGAGAAAAACACAGUACUAAUCCACGAAAUGGACAGGCAACAGGCUGAUAUUGUUUUCUUGCAGGAAACACACUUUAGAUGGAACCAAGCCCCCAAGCUAUGGGCUAACAUGAUAGGGCAAGCAUUCUAUAGUAACUACCACGGGGGCAAAGCAAGAGGGGUAGCUAUUCUAAUAUCACCACGUAUAGUCUUUACCCUAAGUGAAACCAAAACUGACCCCUUGGGAAGGUAUUUAUUCCUUAAAGGUACAGUAAAUGACACAUCACUAACAUUGACAACUGUAUAUGCCCCAUAUACCAAACAAGUAUCCUUUAUCAACUCCUGUCUUAGGAAACUAAACACAUUUGCAGAAGGGGUAACAGUGUUGGGGCGGGGGGCUGGAACAUGGUCCUAGAUCACUCCACAGACAGUUCUACAACUAGUUAAGACACACAGAAACACCAAAGGGCUUUGUUUCAGAGAACCCUCCAUGCCCACCAACUGGUAGACUGCUGGAGAAUAUCCCACCCACAAGAGAAGGACUACAGUUACCAUUCAUAGGUUGCACAUAGCUAUUUUGGGUAGGGGUUAGAGAGUGAGGCAUCUUUAGGAUAGCAUUAAUUUAGGAUAUUACUGCUGUCCAAUAAUUUUGUAUUUGUGGACAAAAUCACCAUAAGUGCCCCAUACUGCCCACGUCUCCUUCACAUCGCCAGCAUUUAUCACUAACUGUUGGCCAGUACAAAUGGAGUAAGUCUGGUGUCCUAUACCACCGUGUGAUGCGUUUGUAGAAAGACUCGGGUCUUGAUAAGCUAAUGGAGGCUUGCAUGGGUUUUGUGAAGAUGUAUGCCCAGUCCUGGUGUGUCAUAUGUAUGUGUAGUUCUUUCAUCCAUUUUCGUUGGUAUGCCAGGGACCCCUGGUCAUUGUCGGAUGCUUGGAUGAGAUUGUAGAUUUGGGAUAGGGUGCUUUUCUGUGUUUUUGUGUUUGUGCACAUUUUCUCAAAGGGGGUCAGACCUCUUGGAGUCCAGUGUGGUAGGACCUCUUGAGUCAGGGAAUGUCUCAGCUGUGCAUAUCUCAUUGCUUCUAUUACCCCCCUGGGUUUUGUAGAUGCCAAAGUUUAGGGGGUGUAUCCUCCGUCAGUCGAUCGCCAAGUUGUGGGUUUGGCGUCCCUAAUAGUUUUAUUAUAGUCUGUGCCCUCUUACCCCCUAGUAUAUCCGGGUUUUGGCUUAAUGGAUAUAGUGGAGAGAUACCUGGUGACAAGUCCCAUGUGGUUUUGUGUAAUCUCCAUUUCUUUAGGAUGUGGUGUAUAAGCGGGUGGGUUGAGUUUGCUAUCUGCUGUAGUUGGCAUGUUUGCCAUGGGAGAGAAGUCAGAGGGACUUGUGCAAAGCUUUGUUCUAUGUCAUACCACGCUUUUUUGUGUGUUGUAUCUGUCCAUUCCCUUAUUCUGGUGAAAAGAACUGCUAUGUAAUAGUUGUAAAUGUGGGGCAAUCCCAUACCUCCCUUCCUUUUGUCCUGUGUGAGUGUUUCAUAUGCCAGUCGGGAUUUUUUAUUUCCCCAAAUAAACGAGAGGAAGGAUGUUUUCAGCGUGUGAAAAAACGAGCUCGAUGGGCAGUGUUUGGAAUAUGUAGAGGAUUUUUGGUAGUAUCAUCAUCUUAAUGAUGUUGACCCUUCCAAGUAGGGAGAAGUGUGGCUUGUCCCAUUGUUUCAGUUGUGAUUCAUUGUUAGUUAAUAGAGGGGCAUAAUUCAUUCUGUAUAGGCCUGUAGUUGUGGAUAUUAGUUUAAUGCCUAAAUAUGUGAGGCCUGUGUUUGUCCAUUUCUAAGUAUAAGUGUGGCUUAUGUUUUUAUAUUGGGUCGAGUUUUUUAUUCCCAUUAGUUCACACUUAUCAGCGUUUAUCUUGAAGUUCGAGUAUGUACUGAAGUAUUCUAUUACUUUUUGGAGUUGUGGGAGGGAUUGUUCUGGGUGUGUGAGGGUUAGAAGCAUGUCAUCCGCAAAGGCAGAUACUUUUACUUCCUGCCCACCUGCAUGGAAGCCUUUUAUGUCGUUAUUUGCCCUGAUGGCAUUUAGGAAUGGUUCCACCGCUAGAACAAAUAGAAGUGGCGACAGAGGGCACCCCUGUCUCGUACCAUUGCCUAUGGUAAAGGGGGGGAGUUUUGUCCAUUGACUCCAACUGUGGCUGAUGGACCCUUAUAUAAUGUUCUCACCCACUGUAUAUAGUUGGGGCCUAGUCCUACAGCUUCUAGGUUGGCAAAGAGGAAGGUCCAGUCUACUCGGUCGAACGCCUUUUUGGCAUCAACCGAGAGUAGUAUUGUUGAUCUCUUGGUGGUUGAGGCACCGUGAAUAAUAUUAAGAACGCGGGUGGUAUUGUCUCUUGCCUCUCUGCCUGGUAUAAAUCCUGCUUGGUCUGUAUGGACCAAGUCGGGCAAAAGUGUCUUGAGUCGGUUGGCAAGGAUUUUUACGAGAAGUUUAAUGUCGAGAUUAAUCAGAGAAAUGGGUCUAUAGCUACUACAUAUGCUCUGGUCUUUGCCGGGUUUUGGUAGGAUUGUGAUCGAUGCUUUCAGCAUCAGGGGUGGCAAUUCUGGAGUGGUUAGCAGGUUGUUAAGGACUUCUAGGUAAUGGGGGUCAAGAUGUGUUGGAAAGAUUGGUAGUAUCUGGCUGUUAGGCCAUCAGGUCUUGGGCUUUUACCUUUAGGGAGUGUUUUUAUCACAUUUUGUAAUUCCUCCAGUUGGAUAUUUGAGUCCAAAAGGGUUAACUGGUGGGGGUCUAUAGUUUUUUGGGUAUGGGAAGAGAUAUAUGUUUUAAUGUCAUGAAGGGAGCUUCUCGGUUGGUCUAGGUUAAAGAGAUUACUGUAGUAGCCUCGGAAGGUUUUGGCUAUGUCCUCGGUUUUGUCUUUGCGUGUACCGUCAUGUGCCUUUAUGUGGGAUAUGUAUGUUUUUUGGUGCUUUUCUUUUAGGGCUCUAGCUAGAUAUUUCCCACUCCUGUUGCCGUGUGCGUAAUCUGUCCCCCUGGUUAGGUGUACUGCUCUGUGUGCCUUCAUCUUAAGGAUGUUGCGUAGUUCAAUUCUUAGUGCUGUUAGGGUGUUGUAUGCUUCUACUGAGGGGUCGGCUUUAUGUUUCGUUUCUGCCAAAGAUAUUGCUUCUGUGAGCGAUUUGACCUUCGCCUGGCAUUCUUUCUUUAUGCCUGCUCCCCACUUAAUCAAUAUACCUCGUGUAAUACCUUUGUGUGCCUCCCAUACCCAGGUGUCUGCUGUGCCUUUAUUAUUAUUUUCCAGAAAAUAUCUAGGUAGGGAUUCAUUGAGGACAUUAGUUACUCUAGGGUUGUCUAGUAUCGAUUAAUUUAUUCGCCACAAGUUGACCGGUGUGCACCUUCCUGUAAUAGAUAGCGUCAGGAAUACCGGGGCAUGAUCUGACCAUGUAAUAUGACCUAUUGAUGCCUCCUUCAGCAAUUGUAGAUGUCUAUGUCCUAAAAAGAGCAUAUCUAGUCUGGGUAGGGGUUAGAGAGUGCGGCAUCUUUAGGAUACCAUUAAUUUGGGAUAUUACUGCUGUCCAAUAAUUUUGUUGGGAUGGCCGCAAUCUUUCCAACGUAUGAGAAGUCAGCGCCUACUAUGGCUGCUACUAGGAGAAGCUAACAACCUCAUACCGAUCUAUUGGAAACAAACUGUAACACCCACAGUUAACCAAUGGAUAGAAAGGGUAGAACACAUGAGAGAAAUGGAAAUGCUACAUUGGUCCACAUUGGGCAAAUAUAAUACUUACCUAAGCAUAUGAAAACCCUGGCUAAAACAUUGGGCACAGACACGGAAUUGACCUCAACUGACUGAAAAGCGAUAGUAGGAAACACUUUGUACCUUACUCCCCCCUUAAGUACACAAGUAGGCAUUUUUUUAUUUUGGUUUCUAAAAGCUAAAUAUUUUGUGUGGGCAUUCUUAAAGGGGCCAUUCUAGAUAUAAUAGCCACUACAGCCCAUUGUACUGAGAAUAUUAUUAGCAGGUUGUUAUAACUGUUCUCCAUUGGUUUGACACAAAUCAGUAAUCCCCUGGGACCCAAGUUAUCCAGCUCACUGCAAUUUAUAAACAUUGUUUGAACUUUGAAAAUCCAGAUUUUUUUAAGUUGCUUGGUCAGUCAUGUGUCAUAGGUUAUCCAUAUUGCCACUUAUGUUUUGGACCCUGGCAUAAUCCAUGGAGCAGCGUACCGACUGAGAAUCCUGAAAUAUUUGAGGUCAUCUGCUAGAUCAUGGGAAUUCAAGUUUGUGUUCUUUAAAAAGUCAAUCUUGUGUAAAUUAUAGUUAAUUUAGUUAAAUGCAUCAGUGAUGACAGGUAAACAUCACCUUGUCAUUAAUCUAUGCUUCUUGCUAGCUUACUGUUCUCUGCAAAACAUUGUACAUAAUUGAUAUGUGAGAACAUUGGCUGCUUUGGAGUUUGACUUUCUUCACAGAGAUGUUUUCCUGAUCUUAGCAAUAUAAUAACAGUAGAACUAGUGGUUCAUGCACUAAAUUAUUUGACUGCUAUAAAUAGUGUUAUUUAUCAGGGACCCAACCUGCUAGUACAGUUGUCAACUGCUUCAGAAAGCAUUUAAAAGAGCACUACAGUGUUAGGUUCAGCAUUUGUGUGCCCCCCCCCCACCACCACCACCACCGUAAUUAGUCCCUUGGUGCUGCCUCCGACAUCCACCGACUCUUGAGUCGAUGACAAGUUCAACUGAUGUGCAUGCGAGGCGAGUGCAUCCAAAUGUUUUUAAAUGAGUUGCAACAACACAUGAGCGAGUUUUACUUUUUUUGUCUGUGUGUAGGGUCGCCUCUACGGGCUGUCAGUCAGCUCGAAUACUCUUUUCCUGGCCAUAAUGAUCAGUUUUGUGAAACUUUUGCAUCAAUCAGUACACAUAGCGUGAUAAACCCAGAUGCAUUGGACAAGAUCCCCAUGGCUGGUCACAUUACACACACUGCCAAAGCUCCUGCUGUCUGCUCUAAGGCAAGUUAACUAUCUAACUACCAUAAAUUGUCAGGGAAAAAAACACAAAACACUCUUUUGGGAAUUUAUGUCCAAUCAAAUUGAGUGUAAGAGAUUGGUGGACUAUAGCCAGGGGUUGGCAGAAUCCGAUAAGGAUUUUAAUUUAAUUUAAUAUAAAAAUAGUCACCAUUUUAAUGGAUGCAUAAAAAUUAAUACUAAAAUGCCAUUUGAACUAAUACAGACCUAAAAUAUAAUUUAUUUUAUAUGAAUGCUUACAUUUCAGUAAACCACCUAUUUUUAUAAUAUUUUUUGGACUAGAGAUUUGUCCUUAAUGGUUCUCUUUUAUUAUAAUUAUGAUUAAUAUUAGUAUUAUUAAUAUUAUUAUUAUAUUAUUAGAAUUUUUAAAGUGCCAGCUUAAUCUGCAGCUCUUUACAAUUAGAAAGUUGGAAUAGACAGUCAAACAGUUACUGAUUAAAAUAAAGCUGACAUAUUCAAAAGGUGAACAAGAGGACAAUGAAUAUAUGAGACACGUAAUUAAAUAGAAACUAAUAUGAGAGACAAUACAAAUCUUUAAAGGCUUACUCCAAACACCAUGACCACUUCAGUGAUUUAAAGUGGUCCUGGUACCUGCAGUCUGUAUGUACAGUGUUUGCUACAGAGUGUAACCACUCUGCUGCAAGAUGUGUAUCUCCACCUCUGGUCUGUCAUUGGGGCAUCAUAAGCCAUAUUAGCUAAUGUCAAUUCUGUGCAUACAGGAUGCCUGUUGACAGCACGUGUAGUGGCAGCAUGGCACCCCACUCUGUUCUUCCCAUGUCCUCCCCUUAGCCCAUCCUACUCAUACAUCCUUCCCCCAGCAGCUACGGCAUGCUGUGGCAGCAGUGGAAAAUUGGGCUGAGGGGCGAACUUUACGUUAUGGAAUAUACUGUCUACUUAGGUACCUUAAAUUAUUUCAUUAAUCAUUAUUGAUCUUCACAUAACAGUAGUUGUAAUACAAAUAAUAAUGCUCGAAAGUAUAAAAUACAAACAAAAAUAAACAUGAUCAUUCACAGAUAGACAAUAGACAAAUAGCCUUGUAUUUUUGGACUACAAUAUUAGGGCUGUGUACUCGAAGAGGAGAACAAAAGAUGCUCUAUCUCUGUAAAAUCUAAAUCAAAAAGGAACAUUGGAAUAACAAAAUAAAGUAACAAUAGAGGUGUGAAUUCUCCCCCAUUCCACUUAAUAGGGUGUUAAUGUCAAGUUUUACUUGUGACUGGUUAAAUAUUUGCACUAUUAAACAGUUAGACAAACACAGUCUGCCAGACUGAAUCACUGAAAUUUAAUGGCCUUUAUAAGACCAGAGGCAAACUUCCUAGAAAUUAUUUGUCCUCGCCUUACUGUUCUGCUCUGUUAAGCAAAUAGUGCUUUAAUGGAUGGUGAUAAAGGACUUUUCAUCGUUUAUGUCUCAAUAAGCGGUGUAUUUAUUUUUUUACUAUUAACUUUUAACACAUUUAUUGAAGUAUUUAAUGAAGUCUACACAAAACUAUGCAAUCAGAAUUUACCAUGUACAGCACUAAAAAAAUAAGUUAUGUUGUCCAUACAUAAAAUAAAAUAUAUAUAAUAUAUAAAAUAUGUGUGCCAUUUUCAUGUAUCUAAGAUUAAAUGCUAAUUUGCCAGGUUUCUGUUUUCUCUAAAGUAACUCAUUGUUACACAAAUAGCGUUUAAAGUAUAAUUUAAUAACGGGUCUAUUGCUAUCGACACGUGAAUUAGGGACAGGUUUAAACUCUUAUUGUGUCUUACCAUAAAAAUUCCUAAUGAUGUCUCUCCAAACAUUUCGUUAUUGUUGCACUUGGGUGUCUUUGUUAUUGAUGUGUGUUUGUAAUAUGUCAACAAACAUUGUCAUUUUGGAAUGUUCUAGUAAUCAAACUUGAAUUUUAGCUGCCAAUUUAAUGGUGGCUUAGGUACACUCCAGCUAAUCUUGGCAGAUAUAACCUGGCAAAGUGUCUGUUUGUUGAAAUCUUCAAAUAACAAAUUGUGCCCUAAUUGACUUAAAGCAUAACAACAGCCUAGAAAGCCAGUAGCUGCCAGUUUUUGCAAAGUUUGUCUUGCUCUGCAUUUCUCUCAGUUGAGAUAACAUUGAACAAGCUCCUCAAGGCUUGGGCUGUUGAGGAAAUUCUGCUCUAAUAUGGAAUCUAAGCAAGCCGUCUCUGAGUUCCGUCCUUGGUUUAUACAGUCUUGCAUGAUCUUUUUAAAUUAAUGUUUGUUCUUGCUUUGCUCCAAUAGUUGUUACAUUCAUGAGUGGUCUUGGAUGGUUGCACAUGUCUACAAUAUUAAUAUGUCUUUUGACCAUGUUUCUAGGUUCACCUAAAGUGGAGGAGUGAAUAGUCAGGGCAACUUGGACUUAUUAUGCAUUGUUAGUCUUUAAAAAAAAAAAAAAAAAAUACAUUAUGACCUAUAGUGGUGUAUGCCAUCAAAUGAAACUGGUCUUUAAGGAUACCUCUCCAGAAUAUGAUAUUCUACUCUUUAAGUUCUAAACGUUAAUCAUUAAGGGGUUAAAGGUCCAUUGACCUGCAGAGGAAUGUCUGUUACAAAUUUACUGUAAUGUUUAAUCAUAAACUUUUGUGUUACUCUAAGAGUCCAUAGAUACAUUUUGGUUGGCUUUAUCAUGCAUCCUGAUGUAACUAUGUGAUACAUGCAUUUUGUCCUGGCCAUGGAACAUACAUUUUCAGUGUCAGAUGGUAAGAGAGUGGUUAAAGCUGCUGCUGUACAUUGAAAAAGUGAUUUUAGCCAAUAAAAAUAACUAUGCAUAGCGUUUCAUCUCCAGCUAUUUUCAUUGUGCGAACAAUGAAGGAAUGAUCGGUUACCUGGAUCAUUUCUAUAAAAAGCAGGAGUGGGUCAUGCAGUAUUUGCCUAAUUGAAAUAUUAUUUCAGUUUAACAAUAAAGCAAAUGUUCCACUUCACUGUACAAUGAGCAUUUGAUGAGUAUUUCAGAUCAAAUACAUAAACUGGGGUUAGCAAAGGGGCAGACUAUUGAAUUUAUUUUUUCAACUUUUUUUUAUCAAUCACCCAUCAUUUUCUAACUUUAUGUGUUCUAUUGAAAAUUUUUAUAUAUUGCACAGCUUUACUAUUUCCUAAGCUAUUGUUGACAUGUUGGGUCAUGCUGUGUUCAAUAGCUAGUUGCCAAAUUUAAGAGCAUUUGAAGUGUGUGUACGCAUGUCCUGCUGAUGCUUAUGCACUGCCUUUGCAGCUGGGUUCCUGACUAAUGGGGUAAAUAGGUCGGAGCGAUUACCAUUUUUCCCAUGGAAAAUCUGUUUAGAACUCUGGAAGAAUAGACAAUUGGAAGGUUACCAGUUGUAUAUUUAUUUAUUGGCUUACUGUCCAAAGAACUGAACUGUUGGAAUUGGCGUAAUAUGUUUUCCAAGAUUUCAUCUAGUCGAUCAUUCCAAAUAAUCAGCUAUUAGAGUGAAAACUUUAUAUAAUCCCUUGGAGGGUGGGGGGAAUAAAUGACAUUAAGAAAGCAAUAGCAACAAAUUUCUAAAUACGUUAACUGGCAAAAUAAUAAAAAAUCUAAAUAAAUUCUGCCUUUUGGAACAGCUGACUUUCCAUAUGUACAAAAUCUGCAAUAAAUAGGUUAAAGUACAAAUAUCUAGAUUUUUCUAUCGGCAGUUUACUGUCCCCAUUGUGCCAAUGCCAACUCCUCGAUCAUUUCCCAUUUUUUUUUAUAUAUUACGUUCACUUACCCUUAUAUUUAAUGAGUAUAUGUCCGUGAGCUGUGAGUCAAUAAUAAUAAUUGAAUAAAAUGAAAUGUAGAAAUCGCACCUUUUUAUCCUGCAACUGUACGCCUCAAUUUUAGCUGUCAGCUAUUGUAAUAAAUUAUCUCAUUUGCAUCUUGCAGUCAACAUUGAGAGAGUUUGCAGAAAAGAGAGAAACGUAAAAUAAUGUUUUCUAUUUUUCAUUCUCAUCAGCUAUUUUGCCAGGGCAUCGUCUUGUUUGAAAUAGAUUAUAUUUGCAAAAUUAUUAAUAUAAAUGUAAAAAAAAAAAACAGAACAUCUCAUGCAUAAAGAUUAAAACAAGUGUUUUACAAUGUUUUAUUCAAUUGUGUAAAUUAUUUUGCUUAAUUUGAUCUAUAAUGCAAUAAAAGUGAUUGUUAAAACCACUCUAGGGCAGAAGUUUUUAAACAGUCAACCAUGGGGAUCUGGUAUGCCUCAAACCACUUCAAAGUGUGCCAGGAACACAGUGACUUCACAGCUGUAAUAGAAUGUAUACACUCCCUAAAAUGUGUGUGGUUUUUUUAACAAGGUUAUUUACUGCUUGAAAUUUGAAAUUCACUUUGAAUUCUCACAACUCUGUAAGUUUCACUAUUAAACUUGGAUAUGCAUCUGAAUAUAAAUUAAAACAAAUUAGUCAGUGUGGUUUAACCUAAGCAUAUUUCUCAAGUCAAUGUAACAUUUACAAGUUGCUGAUGAAAGUAAAAAAAAAAUAUAUAUAUAUAUAUAUAUAUAUAUAUAUAUAUAUAUGUGUGCACAUUGGAAAUGUGUCCCUCAUUGACAUGUGCCUUGGUCCAAAAAAAGAUUGGGAAACAGAAUUCUACAGGGUUAUGCAAUAAAGUGAGGAUUUCAGGGAAUUCAACGUCAAUUUCAAAUUGAAGGCAAAAAUAGCCAAACUGAAAGCAAUCCAGCUAUUUUAAUCUUAAAUUUGAAAUUCAAUUUAAAAGGGGCAUCAAAACAGCUUUAGCUUAAUGAAGCAGUUUAGGUGUAUAGACCAUGCCCCUGCAGUCUAACUUCUCAAAUUUUCAUUUAGGAGUUAAAUCACAAUAAGAAAAUAGCGCAGUCCAGCAACAAAUUCUUCUCUUAGAACAGUAGCGUAUUGCAUUUUCACUGAUCCAACCACCUGUCUUUUAGAAGGUUCUAACUUUCUCAGUACUAAUAAUAAUGCAGUAAUAUUCACUGGCAGGAUGAGAAGACCUCAGCUAACUAUUAAUGUUCUGGGUGGCCUACAGUUUUAAAGCCAUGACAGAACAAAACUAUAGUACAUUUGACUAGGAAACCUUGUUGGUUUUUAUUUUGUUGUUUUUUUUCUUCUGUUCAGAAAAACAUAAACUGCUCAUAUUAAAGGAUUUGCGCUGGUUUAGUAAAUGGAAGACAAGGCAGGUUUUGUCUGCAUUUUUAGAAAGUAUUUAAUUUUGCAGUUUUGGCAGGAUGUAGCGUUUACAGUUCACAAACCUGCUUUCUUUAAAAUCUGAUUAAAAUCAAGCCAGUCAGGAGUAAGAGAGAGAGAUCGAGAGUGUGUGUGUGUGCGGCUGUGUGUCUGUGUGUUUGUGGCAUCACAUAGCAGAGGUUUUGCAGAGCACAGAUGGUGGAUUCCCUAUAGUUUAUUGGAAAUCCUAUACCUGGAAUGAGGAAAGCAUUGGUUUUCACGCACCAUCCACUGAGCCAGUAAUGACUAACUUUGGCACAACAGAGAUUUCUAGAUAAUAUUUUUAAUCUGAAAAUCUAACAGCUGUCUGAGAGUGAUGGUAGUUGCAUUUCACAAUAUAUUAAAAACUGAAAGCCACUAACCCAAAGAUCCCUUAAAUCUUAGCUCUCUAACCCAAAUUUCAUCCAAAAACCCUAAACACCUCUCACCUUUAGUCCGUCUAUUCCCGAAGUAAUGAUAUAGAAUUGCUGGAAGGGAUACACUGCAGUGUCAUUAAAGAAAUGUACAGUAGAAAGGUUGCAGAUGGAUUGAUGCUUAACAGAUAAUACAUAUAAUUUAAAAUAUUAUACACAGGGCAGUAUUUACACCACAAGCAUCCGUAGGCACAAAAUUCUCAGCGCCCCCAAUCCCUACUUCAAACUAAAAAAAAUAAAAUUGAAUGUUUAAAUAAGAUAAACACUGUUGUAUACACAUGCACAAAUAGAGUGAAUGUGUGUGUAGUGUGUGUACAUGUCUAUGUGUGUAUGUAUUUCUGUGAAUGUCUUUCAGUGUGUACAACAGUGUGUGUUUGUUACAUAUUUACAUAGUAAUAUAGGCUAAAAAAGAAUGUGUCCAUUCUCACAGAGAGUAACUGUGUGGGUAGCAGUAUGUUUAGUAGUGCUAUGAUGUGGGUAGCAGUAUGUGUAGUAGUAGUAUGAUGUGGGUAGCAGUAUGUGUGUGUUUAUAUAUGUGUGUAACUGUUUGGCUAGCAACAUGUGUUUGUGUAGUAGUGUAUAUUGCUAUGUGUGGGUAACAGUGUGGGUAGUUAUAAUAUGUGCAACAAUGUGUGUAGUAGUGUGUGGACAGUAGCAGUGUGUGUACUAGUGUGGGAAACACUAUGAGUCUGUAACAGUUUGUGUCUGUAACAGUUUGGGGAGAAGUGUGUGUACCGGUCAUUUCUGAGUUGGCCAUUAUAGUCCCAGUCCUGUCCAUUCUCAUGACCAGUUCUCUUAUUCCAGGAGAUCACCGUGUUCAGUCUGAGGGGGCGGGGCCAUGCAAGGUUCCUGUGUUCAGUCUGAGAGGCGGGGCAUGUCCAGGUCACUGUGUUUAGUCUGCACAGUUCACUGUGUUGAGUUUAACCCCUUAAGGACACAUGACAUGUGUGACAUGUCAUGAUUCCCUUUUAUUCCAGAGGUUUGGUCCUUAAGGGAUUAAAGGGGGUAGAGCCAUGCACAUGUCACUGUGUUCAAUCUAAGGGGGCGGGAUCAUGAACAAGUCACUUUGCUCAGUCUGAGGGGGUGGCGCCAUGACCAUGUCACGGUUUUCAGUCUAAGGGGCGGGAUCAUGAACAGGUCACUGUGCUCAAUCUGAGGGGGUGGGGCUAUGACCAGGUCACCGUGCUCAGUCAUAAGGGGGGCAGGACCAUGCACAGAUAGAAUAGAGCGAUCCCAGAAUGCAGUAGCCUUUGUUCCAGUCAGAAAAAAGCAGACAUUGACUUUUAACAGGCAGAAUAGGCACCCUCAUAAGUCAUGCACCAGUAGGCAGGUGCCUUAUUUGCCGAAUGGCAAAUUACACGCAUGCUUAAUAAUGGUAUAACAUUGUACAAGGACCUUCUCGUGUGAGUUUACAUAUUUACAUGGGGUACAGUUGUGCACCCCAUGCAUUUAUUCUGACUUGCUUUCACUUGUUCUUAUGAGUGAAAUGCCCCAAACAGAUCUGUGUGAAACAUUCACCAAUGCUACACAAAUCCUGGUUACUUCAUGAAAUCCUACAGCUGUCUUAUUAAAUGUCAGGGACAAGGAUUGGCUCAGAGAUAUAUGUUUCUGCUGAAGCAGUAGAUACUGAAGGUUUCUGGCAAUAUAUAAACUAUCAAAUAACCUGGCUAAGCAUUUGGUGCGCAAAGAAAUAAAAAAAAUUGUCAAUGCAGAUCUUUCGUAUUGUACAACAGGGCAUUCUGGAAUAUAGGUGCUCAGUCUUUCCCUCUGAAGACUUUAAAACAACAACAAUUUGUAUUCAGAUCCUCUAAAUGUGGUAUAGCUCCAAAUCAUGCAAUGACAAGCUUGAAGUGCAUUAAGUGUUUUCUAAGUAACUAUAUUGUUUAUGGUCAAGUCCUAUAUUUUUAUAGGUUUUCUUUGGGACAGUCCUGAAAAUGAUUUAAUAUUUUUAUACAUUUUAUUAUCAUUAGAAAACACAACAAAUAAGGUGUCAUAUCAAACACGAUUGUGUCCAUUUAACAUGUUCCCUAAUUGUAUAUUAUAACAAUUGAUUAUAAAUAUAUACUAUUACAGUAAACUGCCAACUACUUUUAAAAACACACAAAUGAAUUGUUUUAGCAUAACUUUAAUGCUGUGUAUACUGAACAACAGUUUGCAUAGGAAGUAGAAACCAAAAGUUCUAAAACUGUUUUUGUGGUAACUGCACAGUUUUGUCGUGUUUCCAAGCAAACACUACCGCAUUAACUCAAUGACUCUGUGUGAAUGCUGACAGUUGUGUGGACUUUCCUCUCAUCAUAUUUAUCAAAAUAUUCUAUUCCAGAUAUCUUCUACUCCAUAGGAAAUCGGCAAACAGAGAAUUAACAGCUUGUUUCCAGGUACAUGUUUUAAUAUUUGCAUUGUUACAAUUCUCAUGUUACCAUAAAUUCAGUAAAAAAAAAAAAUUAUAAUACAAUUUUCUUCCAAUAAAAGUUUCUACUUAGCCAUUUUAGAAUAGUUUGACUUCUUAAAUGGAGUCUACUGGGUGAUGCUCCCCACCUCCUUACAGAUGGAAGUUAGAGCUGAAGCUCUUACAAGGAGAUUCUGUUACCUCUCCUAAGUUAAGCCCUGCAGUGCAAGGUCAUUGGCUGAGUGUGUCUUUCAACCAACGAGUUAAGCCCAGCUCAUCCAGCUGUGAGAAUAUGGGAUCGGUCCUCCGAAAAUCCCUUGUAACAAAUCAAACCUUUCUAAAAUGGUUUCAAUACCUAGGCUGAGUGGGCAUCAAGACACUUCUGGUACGAUAACCACUACAGCUCGCUUUAGUGGUUAUGGUGCUUUUUUGUUCCUUUAAAUUAUAGUAAGUAAAUGUCUGCAUGGUUUCUAACACAAGAGCAUAAGGAUUUACUUUGCUUAUAUGUCAUACUGUCAAAGAUUCAUACACUUUGAAAGCUUGCAUUUUGUGUGUGGUUCUACAGUCUUAAAUCUUGUUGGAAAAUCCAAUUCACAACAUACAUGCCUCCUAAUCUACCAUAAAUACAGUCUGUGAGUAGUGACAUUCUGUUGCCUAUACAUCCGUAGAUAGAUACCCACCACUGCACCAAAUAAUAGAUGUGUGUGUCCACUGUUAGACACAAAUAUGUACAUAGCUGUUUGGGCAGACAGACAGAUGGAAUUGAUUUAUUAAAAUUAUAGUGUGCUUUGUAUAAUUAUAGUACCCUUGUAAUAAUAAUCAUCAUAAUUAAUGGGACCUAUUUAUUUAUACCACCCCUUUGGUAGAAAUUGAUUUUAGAUUGCUUCAUAAGAUGGAGUAGGAAGCUGAUGAGUUCAGGGCAGGCAAGCAAACAUACCUCCCAACAUUUUAAAUGGAAAAAGAGGGGCACUUUUAUUUUAGGAAUACGAAUGAGGAUGUGACUGAGAGUGGUGUUUUUCUUGAAAAUUUUAGGUAGCGUAAUAAUUUAUUUAAUUCAAAUAUAAUUUGGAACAAGAGCAGUAUACCUUAUUUACACAGACUGAUUUCUAAACACGUCUGAUGUCUGACUGUGUCUAAGUCAGCCCUCGUUGUGGUAUGUUUAGCUCCACCUCUUUUUUUAUGGUUUCUGCGUUUUUUUCUGCGUAUAUGAGUGUGUCUACCCUAACCUGAAAAACUCAUAUACUAUCAAAAAUACAAAAUGAUGAAGCUAAUAUUACUGGAACACAAUGCUAGCUUGGGGUUCUGGAAACAUACAUAAACCCCUCUGUCUCAGUGUUUCUCUCUAGUUAUGUACAUAAUGGAUGAAUUGUGUGUGGGUGUGCAUUAUCUGUGGGUGUGAAUGUAUAAAUAUAUUCACAAAUAUUUAACACCAUCUACACACAUUUCAAAGAUAUCUUUAAAGGGCUUGUGCAUGAGUGGGUGUGAUAAAAUGUAUGGGGGGGGGGGGCAAAUAGACUUGGCUGGGCCUAGGUUUAGCAAAAUACCUAAGUUCUGGUACACAAAUGACAGUGUUACACAGAUAUUGCAAUGGAGUAUAGCCUGUGUAUGUAGAUAUUAGACAUUCCUGUCUGAUACGAAUUGCUUUCUGAAAAUUAUUUAUAUUACACAUGCAUACACUGUUAGGAUACUUUAUGACUAUGUUUGGCCUGUCUGCUUCUGAGAAGCUCAUAGAGUGGUACAGAACACAGAGUGGAAGUCUUGGAGAAAGCCCUGGGAACUUGGAUAAGAGAGAGACUUAGAGAGAGAGACUAAUUCUUUCUCACGCUUGCGGCGGGGUAGGCAUUGAUAUACUGUGCAAUGACCCUUAGCUCAUAUGUAAUGAACAGUCAUUAUAGAAUAAAAAGCCUUUUGUGCCAGCAAAAUAAUCACACAGAUCGUUUCAUGUUAGAAGAAGCACAGCCUUUGAAUUUUAAACUCUAAGAGAGCCUGCUCAGUAGAUACAAAUUACUUCCUUUUCCUUAAAAUGAUGCAUUAGUAUCACAUACUAUUCCGUAGUAUCACUAUGACAGCACGUUUUCUGUUCUCUCUAUUGCUGCACCAUUUUUAUGAUCUUUUGGGUUAUUUUAGAAACAAAUGCAGAGACUCCAAAUGUUUCCAAUUUUGUAUAGUAUACAAUGCUUUACACGCUUUUAUAAAAAUACAUCAUAUCACCAUAAAUGUAUAUGAAUGUAUCAAACAGUUGCACUGAAACUCAGAUCACAUUUUAUCCUACUCUAUGGUCACAAAAAUACAACUUGUCAACUGGCGUCUGCAGACUAAACUCAGGUUGUCCAUUAGAGGCCCUAAUCCCUGGGAUCUGAGUACAAAAAUUAUUGACCUAAAAUAGGCCAACUCUAGUACGUUUGAUUUGCUUUGAUCUAGAAAAUAUUGAUCACAAUAUAACCAGUCACCAUCAAGAUAUGAUAUUGUAAAAAUUCUCAGUGGCAACGUGACUACAAGUUAAACAGAUUAAAAUAAUUCAUAUUCAAGACACAAACUGGGUUACUAGUGAUCUCCUACUAAAGUGGUGGCUUGCUGUGCUAAAAGCAGCAUAUUUUGGUAUAUGGACUCAACUUACAGAACAGCAUCUCAAGUUGGCAGCAUUAGGAUAACUAAUAAAUGACUUUUUCUACAGUUUUUAAUGGACUCCACAUUUUGUAAAACACAUUUUUUGUAAAUGGAACUAUGGUGUUGUUUGUGAUACAUUUUGCAUAAUAGUGUAUUAUACGUGUCAGCAGUUAAGCUGUAGUGAGUUGACAUCUAAUUUGGAAAAUGUUUGAAAAGGAAUAUUUAACUGACAUAAUAGUGCAGGUUGAGAAAAGGUUGAGAAAAGACUCAAGUCCAUAAAGUUGAAAUGUCUGUGUCAACGAUUGAUCCAAAAAGCAUAAAACCCUUUAAACCCUUUUCCAAUUGUGCCACAAACAGGGAAAACAAUUCCCCUUCAUUCAAAAAUAGCAGUCAGAUAUAGAAAGAUAUCUACUUGGAUCAACAUGCUGUUAGCGGUUACCAGCUACAUUAAUUGAAGAUAAUGCUAGCGCAGUGUACUAAUAAUCUUAAUUUUAAUAAUGACAGGAGGCGAGUAUUUGCAAUUUUAACGCUUAGGUAGAAGAGAGAAUGCGGCGUUGGGUGUUGGACGAAAAUAGAAAGUCCGAAACGUUGAUUCGCGGGACCAGUCCGCCCUUUGUAAUAUGUCUGAUAAUGAUGCGCCUGCCAUGAAAGCUGAUGAUGCCACUGCCCCUCGCAGGAGCGCGCUUCAAAGGCAGAUUUUAUCCCGGCUAGGGAGAGGAGCCACUUUAUCCAUCUGGCCAGCGUGGUGGUCGAAACCGGGCCGUGUUGGUUAACAUAUAACCAAUAGUUGUCGUGCUGUUGGUGGGUGCAACGUUUCUGUUGCCGCCACAUAUGCCCGCAGAGUCUUAACCACACAAAGUUGAGAGUCUGAGUUGAAGAAUGGGUAGAAUACUGAUGACGAAUCGGAUUUAGUCUGCCGUGAGAUAUGGAAUGUGACUCCCUCCGGGUCUAUGUUGAAAGCAUCUUUGUCAAACGCUUGGACGUCCGACACUCUCCGGAAUGAAACCAUGCACAAUAGGAAGGUGAACUUGGCCAGCAGUUGUUUCAGCAACAAUAGUUCGUUAGGUGGCCAUUCCCUCAGGAAAUGUAGGACGACGUCCACAUCCCAUAGAUGUUGGUACAUAGGUUGGGGGUCAUCUCAAUUUGAUACUCCAUAGUAGUCGACAUAUCAGAGGGUCUUGUCUGACCGCUCUCCCCUGGGACGGCACGUGGGCUGCCAAGAUAGCAGAUCUGAAAACAUUGAUGGGAAUUGCCACCGUAGGAAGGGAUGGCUGUCCUUGUGGAUUGGGAUUGAUAAGUAUGCGUCUUUGAGGUCUAGACGUGUAAACCAAUCCUUUUCCUGCAGGAGGUCCCUCAGUAAGUGUAUACCCUCCAUUUUGAAGUGGCGAUAGGUCACGUGGGUGUUCAAUUCCCUUAAAUUGAAGUUAACCGAGAGGAAAUUCAUGAUAUCUGAAACAGGGGCUGUAAAGGGAUCCAGGUUCCGUCCCAUGCACCAACUGGUCCAAGAUCGCCAUGUGGAUAGGUAGCUCUUUUGCAUUCCCGGGGCCCAGGAGUCCCAUAGGAGGUCCUUAGUUGUUGCCGAUAAGUCGUUGGUACACCAUGCUCCCCUGAAAGAGUCCAGGCCACCAAGGUUAGGCGGCCAUCCAACAGCAUCGGAUGUGGAUUCCCCGCUGGGUCCCUGAGUAGAUUGUCGUCAUUCGGCAGUAGAAUCGGGUUCUGGUAAGACAAUACGAGAAGGUCUGGGAACCAGGAUUGGCUCGGCCAUAGAGGAGUCAGGAGGGUUAGUCUUACUACUCGUCUCUCGAUGUGGUGUAGAACCCUCGCUAUCAAGGCGAAUGGGGGAAAGGCAUAGGCCCCUUGUGUUGGCCAGUGUUGGGUGAAGCGUCUACCGCCAGGCAUUCCAGGUCUGGGAGCCAGCGGUAAAAUUGUGGUACCUGGUGGUUGUUGCGUGAAGCAAACAGAUCCAGUAGGAAAGGGCCUUUCUGUUCGUUUAGGUAGGCGAACACCUGCGGGUUCAAUUGCCAGUCGCUGGUGUCUCUCCAGUGUCGGGAGUACCAAUCUGCUGUAAGGUUUGACUCCCCUGGUAGAUGUUCUGCACGCAACGUGAUGUUGCGCAAGAGGCAGUAAUCGAAGAUCUCCUUCGUUAAAUUUACCAGUGUUUGUGAUCGGGUACAAGUGAUUGAUGUAUCGUACUGCCCAUGCGUUGUCCAUCCGUAGAAGUAUACAACAGUUGGACUGUCCUUUCGUUAGGCUGUGUAUAGCAAAGGACCCUGCUCGUAACUCCAGGUAGUUGAUAUGCAUCGAGAGUUCUUGGGUUGUCCACGUACCUCCUGUGGACGCUUCUCCAUCCGUGGCUCCCCAACCCAAUCGAUUCGCGUCCGAUUCCAGGACGAAGUCUGGGUGGUUGCCGAAGAUGGCCCGACCAUUCCAGGCUUGCAUACAGUUGAGGCGAUAGGUCACGUGGGUGUUCAAUUCCCUUAAAUUGAUCACCGGCCUGAAAUCCCCGGUUUUCUUGCAGACAAGGAACAUAUUGCUGAAGAAGCCUCCUUGAUCGUGUACGGGUUGUAUAGCGCCCUUCGCGAGUAGUUCGCGGAGCUCCACUUCUAUGAGGCGAGCAUCCAAGCUUGAGAGGUGUAAUGGACGAGGAGGGUGCCUCUGCACGGGGGGUGUUCGCAAUUUGAUGUGGUACCCCUUGACCGUCUGUAGUAUCCACGCAUCUGUGGACAGUUUUGCCCAAUUCUGUGAAAAAAGAGAAACACGGCCUGCAAUCAAGGUUAGUUGAGGCAUUGAUAAAUGUUGGUUUCUUACCUGUUGGGAAUCUUGCACGGGCACGUCCGUGACCACCACAUCCUCUAUCUGUGCCCCUUUGAUAGUAGGGGUAGUGUUGUCUAGAGUUGGUUUCCUGAUAACCUUGUUGCGCGAAGAAUUGUUGUGUUUGUGCCAUGCGAGGGCCUGAUGGCCAGAAUCGGCUGGUGACACGUUCCCGCUGCCGACCAGCCCUGAAAAAACACCCCUUGCGGGGUUGCCUCGGAAGACCUUGCGCAUGGAUGUGCGGGCUCUGUUGAGCAAGGUAAAUACAUUUACAUGUUUAUUUAGCUCUUUCAUAAAGGCCUCGCCAAAGAGUUUGCCCUGUGCCUGUGGGCCCAGUUCUUUAACCCCCAGAUCAGCCAUUUUGGGGUCUAUACAGCGCCGUGUUGCAGAGAGGGCUGCAUUGGUAUUUCCAGGAAAACAGAAACCCCUUUGGGUCCAUUCUCGGAUAUCAUGCGCCCAUUCGCGCACCAUGUCCGCUGUAAACGAGUCCGCUCCGGCGUAGGCCUCGUCUACCAGAUACAUCAAUCGGGCCAUUGGCACCAUCAUGUCCAGGAGUGUGUCCUGUGCCCCUUUAAAACUCUUUUCAAUGCCUCUGCGUGGGUCGCGUCCUCCUUGCUCCAUCAUGAGCUGAUCGAACUCUGGGGUAAGGGCCACCUUGUCUGGCAGUGAAGGUCUGGGACACUCCGCUCUCAUCCUCUUGCGUAUCUAUUUUUCCAGUGGUUUACGUAUCCAAAAAUGCAUAAACCUGAGUAGAUGCUCAGACAGAGCCCAUUCCCCGUGGCGUCCAGGAAUAUUUCUUGUUCCUGCGUGGUGGCUGUGGCGGAGGAUUGCGCCUCUCCUUUACACUGGGGCUCACCCAGGAAGGUCUCCUUAACAGAGGUGUUGGAGCCCCAAUCGCCGUCGUCAGAUUCUGAGGCUUCUGCCUGCCACUCAUCCAAGAUGGACAGGGAGUGGGGCAUAUCUUUCUCCUCAUCCAAGGAUAUCUCCCCCUAUAUGUGGGAGUUGUCGUCAUGGCGCGCUUACUGCGCUUCAGUGGCGCCUUGCCUUUGGUGGCGGCCUUUUUGAACCCUUCGCCCUUCCAGUGGCGUUUUCCCGGGCUCUCUGUCUCCUUAGCGGAGUCCUCUGACUCAUCCGAGUCUUCCUUAUUUUGGUGCUGUUUGCCAGUCGGUUUGCUAGUGUCAGUGACCGCUGGUAUCACUUUCGCCAUAGCCUUUUCUAGAGACACAGCUACCGCAGCAUUGAUCAUGGCUUGAAGGUCACUUGUAUUAAUUGUGUCCUCCAUUUUAGUUCGGGCACUAUUUUACAGGUACAGGUAUAGGUAUAAGAGGUGAGGGACUGUGUGGGUGGGACCUGAAUAGGCCGUCGGCCGUAUUAGUAUGACUCGCUCAGUGGCGUGAAAUUGGACUCUUUCACACUGGGGCUCGCCCAGGAGAUCGGAAACUGCUUGGACAGGUUCCGUUAGGCAGCACUUAGGGAAGUUCCCAAUGGGGGCUCACCCCUUGCCAGGCUACUAGGGUAUACCUAACUGGCAGUCCCACUCCUCAGGGGUAGUAACACCAACCUGUGUAGUUCCAACUCAGACUUCACCUCUGCAGUUUCAUUUGAAAUGUGUCCAAAAUGAGAGCCUUAGCUUGCUGUGAUUUGUACUCCUACUAUACUUCACCAACAAAAUGGCUGCCGCGGCUCUCGCGAUAGACCCUAAGUGGCUGACAGGAUAAAAUCCCGCGAAAGCGGGAAGUCAUGAACGCAAUAUUAAGUGAAGCAUUCGGCAGAAAAUUAAAAACUGACAAAACUGCCAAACGUCCAAGGUGUUUAAAAAGAACCGAAUUAACAGGUAUCGUGUCAAUCUACACAAACGGUAAGCUUCAUUUAGCCAUCCGUUCGUGCAGAAAGCCACGAAACUGUGCAGUCGCACUGUUCGUGCUGUUAUUAGCGCAAACAGGUGUAACUAGCCGAACUCAGGUUGCUUCGUCCGUUCGUGCCAAAGUGCAAGAGUUUCAGAGAGAAGCCCACUCCGUUCGCACAGAUGGCUGUGCUGAAAGUGGCGAACUUAGCCACUUGAGGGGAGAGGGGGAAAGGGGAACGCUGCCGUCUCAGAGUGGAUCUGAGGGGAGAGGGGUAGCCCCUCCAACAGCAGUCACUCCAGGUGAUUAAAACAAUUAGAGAAUCCCCUGCCACCCCCAGGAAAAAGGUACAAGUACAAUAAAUCUUUACAUUACAGUAAAAUCUAGCAUAAAAGUCUAACAUGCAUAACCAUACAGUUAAACGACCACUAUAGUGACAGGAUACUCAUUUUCCUGGCACUUUAGUGCCCUGAGGGUGCCCCCACCCUCAGGCCCCCCUCCCGCCGGGCUCUAGGGGGUGGAAGGGGUUAAAUUUACCUCUUUCUCCAGUGCCAGGCGGGGGACUCUCCUCCUCCUCGGCUGAAUGCGCAUGCGCGGCACGGGCCACGUGAGCAUUCAGCCAAUCCAUAGGAAAGCAUUCACAAUGCUUUCCUAUGGGCGCUUGCGUCUUUUCACUGUGAAAAUCACAGUGAGAAGCAGGGAAGCGCCUCUAGCGGCUGUCAAUGAGACAGCCACUAGAGGCUGGAUUAACCCUAUUAUAAACAUAGCAGUUUCUGUGAAACUGCUAUGUUUAUAGAAAAAAAGGGUUAAACCUAGCUGGACCUGGCACCCAGACCACUUCAUUAAGCUGAAGUGGUCUGGAUGCCUAUAGUGGCCCUUUAAGAAAUCAGUACUCUGACCUGACUUGUGAUGGAGCAGCAAAGAAAGAGGAAAUGAUUGGUUAUGCUUGGACUUAUAUACUCUCUGACGCACUCAGAUUGGUUCUUUCUUUUAACAGUUUUUUUUUCUUUGCUGCUAUGGAGUUAGUAAAGAAAGUUAAUGCAAAUACGAAGCCUCCUGUCAUGUUAUAAAAUUAUUAUACCCUGAAAUAUUCUGUUUUUUAAAAAAAAAAAAAAAAACCUGAUUAACACAAAUGUACCUCUUUGUUAAAUUGAUAGGUGGAAAGGUAUGUUAUAUUUUCUUUACUGCCAGAUUUCUACUAUAUUGAUUACAAUUUUACUUUAGUGACAGGACCACUUUAAAACCUCAAAUUAUUUAUGGGUCUGUAUGUUAGUUGUGCUUAGUAAAGCCAGUCAUGUUCAUGUACAUGUUGCUAAAAUGAUAUUGUAUCCAUAAUCUAAUAAGGCAUCUCCUUCCUAGGUAAAAAAAAAAAAGUCAGAUAAAAUAGCCAUUUGGGUUGUAACAUAACUCCAAUUUAAAGACUAAUGCCUAAAACAGGGGUGCCCAAAAGGUAGAUCCCGAUAUGUUAUAGAACUACAACUCCCAUGAUGCUUUGCAUGCUUUUAAAAUGCCUUUAGAAUGACAAAACAUCAUGGAGGCUAUAGUUUUAAAACAUCUGGGGAUCUUUCUAUAGGGCACCCCCUGGCCUAGUGGCUAUUCAAAUACUAUUUCUUUGUAAGCCUUCCAUCAAAUGUCAGUGCAUUACUGCCCUGUGAUAUCCUUAGAUAGUUAGGGUUUCAUAAAGGACAUAAAAAGAAAUAUAAUUAACAUGUGACUUUGUUGCAAAUGUACCCAGUAGCUCCGUCUAUUACUCUGUUUCUUGCCUGGUUGUGGCCACCUGAUAUCUUUCUUGUUCGCAAGCCAUAAGUGUGUCAAAAGACUUUAAAAAAAUUGAGCUGCUGACCUGCACCCAAAAAGCAAAAUGUAUCAUUUGGCACUAAACGUGCUGACGUUUUUUUGGCCUGAUGCAAUAUCUGGCAAUCAUUCCUGUAGUGGUGAACGAGGCUGGUAAUUAAAACAGUUCUUACAUUUCUUGGAUCAAUGCUGAACAAAUAUAGAGAGCAUUGUAGCUGAGCUUGUUCAACUAAUAACUGCAAGCCAUUUAUCUUCAGAUAAGAAACCUUAGUCAGGUUUGUUUAAUAUAUAAAUCCCAGGUGCAGAGUAUUAGGCAUACCUUGGAUAAAUCGUUUAUUUCAUCUGUCAGGUUUGUGGAAUUACACUGUGCAAACAGUGGGUCUUUUUGAAAUUGUUCUUUUUAUAAGCUGCAUUAAUUCUAUUAUUCACUUCAUAUCAAAAGAACAGUUUUUUUUGUUCUUGAUAUUUCUCCCAUAUGUGUAGUAUGUGUUCCUGAUUAAAAUAUCUUACAACACAAGGUAUAUUUAAAAAAAAAAACAACAAAAAACAUUAUUUAUUUACUACAAUAUAGUAAAAAUUGUGCACAUCUCAACUUCAGAAUUAAUUUUCUUGGUCAAAAAGCUUAGCAAUUAUAAUAAAAAAACCAUCAACAACAAACAAGCAAAACACAGCAUACAACUAUACAACAGCAUAAGGUAGGACACUUGGCACUUUCUUAACAGCCUAUUGAAACUACAAAAUAAUAGGCCUUAUCAUAAGUUUACAAAGUAAAUAAAAAACAUAAAUCAUGAUUGCUUAGUGUCUGUCUACACGGACAUGUUAUUCUUCAAUGCCAUACUCAUCUAGAUGGAUUAUGGUGUAAUUUUGUGCAUGUGUUAUCUAGCAACAGCAAAAAAAGAACAUUAAAGGGUUGGAGACAUAGGAAGUUCCUGCUAACCUAGUAAACAUGUUUAUUUCCCCUAUUGAGGUUUCCCUUCUUAGUCAUACGGAGAUCUUGAGUUUAAACUCUACUUCCUUUAACUUGCAAGAUGUAUCAAAAUAUUUGAGGCCCAGAUUUGGGUCUUGAAUUAUACAUGCACUCUUUUUUUAAGGCUAUUUUACUCGAGAAAUGUAUCAAAUUUACAAUCACAUCUGGACCUGUUAAAAUGCCUUACAUAGUAACUUGACCGCUGUUGCUCAUUGGAGAAUAAUACUGUACUGCUGCCACUUAAAAGGCCUUAAUAGGCACCCAGAACACUUCAUCUUAUUGAAGUGGACUGGGUGCCAUGUCCCCGUUGUUUUAACCCUGCAACUGAAAACAUUGCUGUGUUGCAGGAACGGAAUUUUUUGCAUUAGAAGAUUAAAGUGCCUUUAGUAAACACCAGAGGCGCUUCUGCCAAAAUAGCCAAGUUAAACUCAUGUGGGCCAGCAUCCCAAUUAUUUCCUAUCGGAAAGCACUGGAUUGACUGAGAUAGCCAAAAAGGCAUGGCCAUGCCAUGGAGAGAGCACUGUGGUGAUGGAAAAAAGGUGUAAAAAAUGCAUUUUUCCUCUUGGGGAGGGCAGGGGGGAGACCGCCUAAACAAUGUACAAUGCCCAAAAAGGAAGAGAGAAUGUCAAUGUUCCAAAAGAGGCUCAUAUUGCCUAAACAUUGCACUCUUGGCAAGACAAAAAAAAAUAAAGAAAAAAUUAUAAAUAAAUAAAUGCAAAGAAAUAUAUAAGGGUGUUAAUAAAAUAUAUAAGAGUGUUUAUAAAAUACCAAUAGAUCACACACAGAAUAAUAUCACAUCUAUUGUAAAUCAGAUUAACAUAUUCAGACUGCUAAAUCAAUGCUUAUACUGAAUAAGUCUUAACGAUUAUAUAGAUGAUCUUAUCAAUGAGGAGUUAAUUGAUCAAGAUUUUACCUAAAGAUUAAUACCAAAAAUUAAAAAAAAAAUAAACCCAAUCAACUUUCUUCCCUGUAAUCUACAUCUAAUAUUCCAUAAAAAAAUUUGUAAAAAAUAAUAAUACUGCAAUUACAAUUUUUUUUAAAAUGUAAAACAUUAUUGUGGAAACAUUGAAAAUUGUAUUUAAAGUACACUCUUAAAUUUUUGGACCUCACAGUACAUGUCAAUUCCGAAUGUAAACUUAUAGCAAAUCUAUACGGAAAACCCACAGCAACUUUCACAACUGGCAUAGCCACCAUCCUGAACCUAUCAGAGAGGUAUCCCCUAUAGUCAGUAUCUAAGGGUUCGCAGAAAGAGGCCAACACACUGAAAUCUUUCUUCUUGGAGAAGGGCUACCCAAGAAGACUUUUAAAACGUUCCUUUAACCACGUGAAAAAUGGAGAGGAAUUGCCUCCUACUCUAAUAUCUGACAUAGGGGGAGACAAAAUGGUAAGAUGUAUCACAAGAUUUGACACUAGCUGGGAACCAGUGAGGGACAAAAUAAAUACAUUCUGGCCAAUAUUACAGAUUAUAUUACAAGUGACAAUACAACAAACCAAAUAGACACCAUGAAACCAUAUAUGACAGCUAAAAGGGCCCCAAACCUUAACAACAUAUUCGUACAUAGCCAUUUCUCACAACCUUCACAAUAACGUACAUGACUUACAACCAUGAAAGCUAUUUUUUGUUGUGGCCACUGUAAAGCCUGUCAAUAUAUCACCCCUACUAAAGAAGUAAAAUCCUUUAUAACCAGCCAAACUUUCAAAUUACGUACCUUCAUUAACUGCUCUUCGUCAAAGGUUGUAUAUCUGGCUAAUUGUAAAUGUGGGAUCCAAUACAUCGGCAAACCCACCCAACAACUCCGCCGCAGGAUCUUACUACAUAUCUACACCAUUAAUGCGGGAAGUGAUACACCAAUUGCCAGACACGUGCACAAGUUCCACAAUGGUGAGGUAUUAAAUCUCUCCUUCUAAGCCAUUGAAAAACUCAUUAAAACUCCAAGAGGGGGCGACAUCAACCCUAAAUUGUUCCAGCAGGAAUCAAGAUGGAUCUUAACUUUUAAAACGAUGAGCCCCCAUGGGCUCAACGAAGAGUUCAAUUACACGGCCUUUAUCACCUAAUUACUAUAGUUUGGAUCGCUCAGCCCAUUUGUAGCUCACACACAUUAACAUAUACAUUUGUUAACUUCUUAUCAUCUAUUUUCAUGUAUAUAUGUGCUUUAUUUAUCUCACAUAUAGAGUAUCUCACGACAGUAAGUACACCCCUCACAUUUUUGUAACUAUUUUAUUCAGGGCCAGUGCAAGGAAUUUUGCCACAGGACUGAAGUUUUAUAUUGAUCACCAAUGUUUGUUUUUUAUAUUGUAAGUUUUAAACAAUACAUUUUUAUUUCUACUACACUUCAUCCUUUGGAAUCCAGUAUCCAGAGUUACUGCCAUACUUAAAGAAGGGUUUGGGUCCUCUUAUUGACACAUAUGCUUUAUAACUAACUAAUUAAGGUGAGCAGUUCUAUUGAUUUAUUUACACAUAUCAGUAUUCCUGAUCUACUACACCAGAUUUUGGUCUUUGUCAUUUCCAGAAGAAAAAUACAGGAAUUACCAUUUAAAGGAUCCGUGUUACCUUAACACACGCCUGUUUGAGUGAUCUGAGCCUGUCCUGUUUAGGCUCAGAACCACGUGAGUGAAUUCAUAUAGAAUUAUUUCACUCCAAGAGAUUUUAAACAUUCAAUACUAUUACUUUUUAUCCCCCCCUUAGGUUACCAAGAGUUCCAAGGGAGGUGAAUUAUUUGCAUUUCUUGAGCGCUCCACCUCUUAACUGAGACUGGUUCUUCACACCACGCAGUUAAUCAAUUUAAUUUACUCUGUUUGUGCUAAACAGUGAGAGAAUUGCACAUUGGUGGUAGCAGCACUGCUUUAUUCACGUUUUAUAUUACCAUUAUAAGCGCCAUUAUACACAAUAUCCAUACUGUAACUUGAGGGUUGUAUUUGAAAACCGAAUGACUUCUGGACCACCCCCAGCAUUCCUGAUGAUCCUGGCAACAGUCGCCAGGUGGUGUCGAGUGCUCACUGUUGGAACUCUCGGGUUGGAGGUCUUUUACUUGUGACUUAUAUAUAGUUUAAUUCCACUCCUUCUGCUCGGGAGUCGACACAGACUUAUUUACUUGUUGUCUCCCAAACUAGUGACAUUUGGGCAUUGGGGUAUUAUCAUUUGACCAACUUCAAGCAAUUAUUUAUUUUAGGAAAAAUUAGGCAGUACUUCUACCAAGUCCCUGUUUUAGGGCAAGGUAUUCUACAACUAUAGUCUUUUUAACUCUAGAUCUCUCAUACAUCUAUUUUUCCUUCUCAACAUUUCUAAUAUCUAUUCAAUUUUAUACUUUCAUGUCCUCCUUGGAGUACACAAUAUUUGGGUGUACUUAUAUUUCCCUUGCUGCAUAUUUCUAACCAUAUUGAAUAAAAGUUAUAUAAAGUACAUGUUGUAUUUGUAAAAGUUAUAUUUGCCUCACCAGAUUUAUUAUGGGUGGACGCUUUCGGGGCUCAAAUCCCGAGUCAUAGUAGUGGAGCACAUUCAUUAACCACCAUCUCUUCACUUAUUAAGUGUUCUUGCAUAGCAAGACCACUUAAUGUUAUCUCACAUAUAUAUUAUUCUUAUUAUUAUAGUCAAAUUUACCACCCUAACUCCUCCCACAGUUUUUACACUACAUAGACAGUAAUAUACUGAAACGUGCGGAUUGUUCCCGAUUGGAUUGCUAUUACUUUGUGAAACAUUUCACGGAAUGGUUCACAAAAUAUCGUUGUUUUUGUGGCAAAUUGGUCCCAUAGGAAUGAAUGGCGAAAUGUUCAAAACUAGAUAAUAUAAACAUAUAUUAAUCAUAAUAAAAAAUAUUAAGGUGCCAAUUAAAGUACAACUAUUGCUCAUAAAAACCAAAAGUGAUAGUGCUCAGCGUAUCAAAACACCAUCACAUAAAGGGACAGUGCAAAAAACUCAAACACUUCUAUGCUGUUACAUGGUUAAAAGCAAGAUAGAUUUUGUGUUAUAACACAACCUGUGACAUAGACGUGCCCAGUUCGUUGCUUAACCUGGUUCUGCUCUAUUGAAGCUUCCACUAAAAAAAAAGAAUGGGUCAGUUAAAAGCCGUAAGCCAAAGACAGAAUGGUAUUGUUCAUCGUUAAUAAAUGGCCUUUUAGAAUCCAUUUUUUAGCAUCUGUUAAAAGGUAUCCAAUUCCACAACAGAACUGCUCCUUUCUAAUUAGUUUUAAUGAGUUACUUUCUUUCCUGGUGGCAAAAUCUUAUUUCCUGCCUUCUUCUUGAGAAAUGACCUUGUGUCCUAUGAAUAACCCAUGAGGGGCUAUGUGAUUGAUCAGCAGCUAGCAUUGUAUUUGCUUAAAGAGAUCAAAUUCUCCAUCUGAUGAUUUUUUUUUCUUAAAAAUGUUCUAAACCAAUUUUGUUAAAGAGAUUAAUAAAGCUUAUAUCAGUUUGUAAAAUAGCUCAAUUGGUUAAUGCAUCGAUCAUAGUUAUUGAUCAAACUUCAGGGAUCAAGCGUUAUUUACAAGGGGAUCUGUUCACCCUUUCAUCCAUUCAAGAUCAAUAUGAGUAUCAUUAUGUAGGUAAAGCUAACAAAUAGAACAAAGUUCUGCACUAUUCGUAUCUGUUUUAUGUGUCUUUUUUGGAAUAUAACUACUACUGACUCCUCCUACUAUCUAACUGUGAGAGUUUCAGUUAAAGGGACACUAUAGUCACCAGGACAACUACAGCUUACUGUAGUUAUUCUGGUGAGUAUAUUCAGUCUCUGCAGGCUUUUUUGCAGUAAGCACUGUCUUUUCAGAGAAAAAGCAGUGUUUACAUUACAGCCUAGGGACACCUCCAGUGACCACUCCUCAUAUGGCUACUAGAGGUGCUUCCUGAUAUUUUGAUAUAUUUUUUAUAUUGAUAAACUUUUAUUAUAUGUGAUAUAUAUAUAUAUAUAUUUUAAUCAUUCUAAAAGUUUAUCCAAAAUAUUAAAUAAUUUUAUAAGCUUAUCAAACAACAUUAAAUAGAAGACUAAGUUGGGACAGCAGGACAGGACCUGAAAAUCGUGAGUCAUGGUGCAAGUCAGAAGCAACUUUUGGGCAAAUUGGCCUUUAUUAGAUACACCCCUGAAAUGAUAUCUCUCAGACACUUCCUGGUUGAAGCAGACAUAUUGUGGGAAAUGCCAAAGCAUAUGCUGCAGUAGACACAAUGAGAUAUAUUUGAAUGCAUCAACAUUCCAUAGAAAAUUAAGAUAUAAUAUACCACAAAGUAUCGUUUUACAACCUAAAUGUCUGUAUAAAAAGCACUUUAACCCUUUAUCAAGAAUAUUGAUUCUUGCAUUUUGCUUUCAUUAGAUCUAAUCUAAAGCAUGAAUAGUACACUUUUAAAAAGGUAAGUUAACAAAACAGUACCUAUAGCAGAAAGCUGGAAGGAUUCCAAGGGUACCGUGAUUUGUAGUGAGUUAUAGAGUAAAUUUAAAUGUUUAAAUUUAACAGGCCCCGCACAAAUUAGUACAGCUCUAGUCAAACUUAAAUCACAUGCAUGAUAUGGCAGGCAGUGAUUACACUACAAAAGUAAAGGACGUUUUUAAAUGACAUGUUUAUUAUUUAAGAUCUUUUAGGUAGUUGGAGGUAUAACAUUUUUUUAACCAAUCUUUUGUUUGUAAUUUGCAUGUAUUGUAGUCCCAUCGUGAUAAGGGACUAGACAAAUCAUUUUAUAUAUUGACAGUCUUGGCAAGUAAUCAGUUGUGAUGGGGCUUACUUGUUAGUUUGCAGUACAAACUAUGAUUCAUUUUGGCAGAGUAAUGCUCUCUAAGGCCGACUUGCCUAGCCAACGAUGACUUUAGCAUUACAGCUGUGCAUCAUGAGAACUGUAGCAGUCUUUAAAAAGCAAAAUGCUUAAAAUAGCAAUUUUAUGGCAAAUAGCUUACUGGCUGAAUGUUUCCCUUUAUUCUACCCAAAUGUUCUCUGGUGUAAACAAAGUAUGGUAUUAUGGAGCAGCAGAUCCAGUGGCAUGAGACUUGGACUAACAAUUUGUAAUCCUUUACUACUAGUCAGGCCUUAAAAGUUACUUGUAAUUCACAAAUGUAGGAUACCACACUCACACCUGGGAAUCCAGGUGCUUAUCAGGGCGUGGGUUGGCAAAACCCAGUUUAGUAGAUAAAAUAAAUUAGGUCCAGGCACUCAGGAUUGCCACAGGAAGGCAGGUUUAUUGGAACAAAAAAAUACAAUGUUUGGGCCUUUUUGUUCCAAUAAAUCUGCCAUCCAGCAGCAAUCAUGAGUGCCUGGACCUACUUUAUUUUAUCUAUUAAAAGUUACUUGUGACUUCAAGCUCCAGGGGUGAAUUUCUACUCACCAUGGCUAAAUAUGCACUUGUCACUGGCUAUUGGCAACUGGAAACUUUGAGCAUUUUACUGUAAAACAUAUAUUUACUCCAGAGCAAGAAUUAUUCAGCGAUGUCAAGUGUGAAUUCCUACUGCCCGUGAGCAUCCUCGGUGCUGUUGAAAGCAGCAGUUUGUUGAAUGAUUAAAUUAAGUUUGGCUCAUAUACGUGGCCAUCAGAAUUGGGAUUACAGCAAGGGAGCAGACAGCUACAUGCUUUCAGUAUAUGUAAACAACUUGUGGCUCAAACAACUCAAAUGCCAAACUUCCUAAGUCCUCCUUCUACCACAGUGACUGUGACAGUACUUGGUGAGAAAGUAAUUUUUCUGCUCUUGAGGGUAUGCACAGGAGCUGUGUAACUCCCCGACACUGCAGAGAUUAAAGUGGUACUGUAACUGUCUGGGGACUUUGCCAAAUUUGCAUAGUCCCCCGACGAUGACAUAGUCGCUGGGGGUUCGGUGGUCGAGGAGCGCAGGUAAGAUUGAGAUUACUUACAUGAUCCUGUCCCUUGUGGGUGCUGCUAUCUUCCUCACUCCGUUCUUCUUCAGCACAGCAUGCACGAAAGUACAACAUUGAGGCAUGUGGAAGAUCCUGCGGGAUCCUCCAUAGAUUCAGCCAAUUCCCUACUAAGAUUGACUCUUAGACUCCAUCUUGAAUCUAAGAAAGUCAAGUGUAGGAAAAAUGCUGAGACAAAGUAGUCCCUUUUAGUCUUUUGUGCACCAUUUUUACCCUUUUUUGAUUAUUAUUAUAAUGCAAGAAGAUUGUUAAAGUCUGCAACAAUCAGAAUGACACUCCCAGACAGGUCGACAAUUUUAUAGGAGAGAAAUUGCAGGUAAGUUCCUUUCUCCAUCACCUCUUGCAUGUAGAUUUGUAAGGAACAUUGAAAAUAGAAAUGUUAUUUACAGCAAUGAUAAUAAUGAAUUGGUCUUCAAAAUUUACUGCAGUAAGCUGAAACAAUUAGCUACAUUUUUACAAUUUAAUGUGUAUAUUGUGUUAGUAUUUAAAUGUAGAUACAUAUUGUUUCCAUUGUAUUUUAUCAUGCUUCCUAAGCCUGUGCUGCUGUGUCACCAACAUGGCACUUAUAAUUACACAUAUAGAAUUCACAGGCUGCUGACCAAGGCAUCUUAGGAAUUGUGGAAUGGUCUGAGUCAUUUGGAGGAAGGGCUUCUGCACUGUUUUGGCCGAAAGUCUGUCCCAAAGCUGUGCAUUGCUUUGCAUCUCUUCCAAAUAGUGAUGGAAGCUUCAUGUAGCCAGAGCAGCUUCCAAACACUAAGAAAAUACCAUUCAUGUAUUAUUUUGACAUCUACAUGUGAGUACAUUUGACAUCACAUUCGAAGUCAGGGCUUCUCCAAAUGUUUUCAGAGUGAGGUAUCUAAAGAAAAAGCUAAAAACCCUGCUAUGGAGAGAAAUUCCAGAAAAUAUUGUUAUAUUUACAAAAAGUAUAAUUUUAAUAGUAUAUCACAUUAUCUAUAUAAUAUAAAAUAAUUCAACACACCUGUGAUAUUUUAUUUUUUUUAGAUAUAUUUUCGAAGUUCUCAUUUAGGCAAAAAGCUUACAGUCCAUUUUCAAUCUCAGUUCAAUACAUCUUUUAAACGCUACCCAAUUAUUGUAGAAAUACAGAUACUAGUAUAUAAAAUGUCAUUUGUACUUAUUGAUGGAGACACAGUACAAUCCUACUGUAUUUUGAUUUGAAUGAAGACUGCAAUUAAACAGCAAAUCUAAUGCCAGAGAAACAAACUACCAAGUUUGAAUCUUUUUUUAAAAGGUCUGGGUGUGUUCCCUUUGACUUAAUAUUUCUAUUUCUGUACUGCUUGGCUUUCUGGGUGGAAAUAUUGAAACCCUUAGAACAUUCUGCUACAUUCUGUUACUUGCAUGCAGAUAAUAGUGAGAAUUAUAUGGCUAAAAUGUACAUUUUAUUUUUAAAAAUGUAUUUUAUUUGAAUUAGCCAGUGAACUCUUAAAGAGAACAUGCCUCCUAAAACUAACCCUACAUUAUAAGAGCAUGGAUAACUGUUGGAUUUGUUGAAAACACUGACUGGCAGUAUGUGGAUUAAAGGUAUACUUUAAGCACCAUAACCACUACAGUGUGUUGUAGUGGUUAUGCCAGGAGUUCCCUGGUCCAUCCUAUCGCUUUCACUGUUUUCAACACUUCUCUGGGUUCUCUUUGCACCCACAGUGUGGCGGCCACUCUUCACAGAUAUUGCUUCAGUGAACACCCAAUUAACAUUAUUAAUUUAAUCUGUCAUUGGUUGGCAGUCCUCAGUCAAUGAAAUCCAUCUAAACUUGGACAAAAUUAAAAUUGCUUAAGUGGAAGGGGCUGGACCGUGUGCACCCAGGAGACCCAGGUAAGUUCCAGUCUAGUUGAAAACAGUUUGACUCUUAAUAGAGGGAUAGUGCCAGGGCCUUCCUUGCACCAUAAACACUACAGCAUGCUAGAAACAUUAACCAUUGCUGUUUCUCGUUAUAGGCAAUGUUUUAGAUUGACAGUCAAAGAACAGUCCAUAUGCACCAAAACCACUUCAUUAAGACAAAAUGGCUUUGGUGCUUAAAAUGUCUCUCUAAGACAUUGCAAAUAACAGUUUAGUAAAAACACCAUCAAAACCACGUUACUCAGGAAAGAAAAAGAGCAGUAAAUUGGCUAUACACAAUCAACAUAAAAAUGCAAUAUAUACUUCUGUUGCGCAUUGGAAAAGCUAAAUCGACACUAUAGGCACCCACUGAGUGUCUAAAUCCUUAUUUUUGUUCUGGGUUGGAUACCAGAAAUUGGCCACACUGUAUCCAGCUUUGCACCAGUGGAGUGGAAUUGAGUUCAGUCCUUUGUGAUUCGAUGCUAAUGAUACGAAGAAAAUUAACAGCUAAAUCACAAUACAUGCUAUAGGAAAGAUUCACGUCAAAUAUAUGGCAUUGAAACCCUAAAGAACAUAUUGGAGCAUAUCAAACCAUAUCAAAGAGCAAUCAAAUAAAUGAAAAGGCUAGACAUAUGACGUAGGCAAUACCGUUGUUCUUUAUAAGAGGUAAAGUGCAUGUGUCAUUAAUACAAAUAAUUCAAACGGAAAAUAUUAACCUCCAAAGCUGCAUGGAUAUCUAUUUGGCAUUGCACAAAGCCAAUGUUUAAUAGAUUGUAUACACUGUCGCUAUCACCUACUAAGGUCAAUCACAUGGUGAAGUGCGCAUUAACAGGGUGAGCCUUUUUUUUUUACCAGCAAUAUGUAGUUGUUAUAGUGACAAAUUACACAGUGUGUUUCUGUGCUUUACCAGCAAAUAGCUAAUCUGUGACUAGUCGGAAUAAUUUGAGCAAAAGUUUUUGGCGGUCAGCCAGUAAAAACUAGUGACAAGCUUGGAAACCUGUCUGUAAAUAGUAGCCACUACUAAAUAAGGACUGUUGUUAAGAGCAACAGCUUGUGACUGCUAUAUACAGUGUUGGAAACAAGCCAUACUACUGUAAAAUGUUUCACUAGAUAAUGCAUAAUCAGGUGUAAUUUACACAUUCGCAGUACGAUUGCAGAGUGAGAGGACUAUGAGUGUUAGGUGAAGCACCAGGUUAAACCACUUCAAAAUAGUUUAACAGGAAACCAGUUAAUGGUGUUUAUAGACUCGUAGAACUAUAUCCACUACAAUGAGCUGUAGUGGUUAUGUUGCUUCGAAUGCGCCUUUAAACAUUUUCAAAUGUUCUUCUUAUUAUUAAAAAUCAUUCAGAAACAGCUGAUGUCUAUAUAAUUGCUCUUUGAAACAUGUUAUUCAAAGUAGUCUCAAACAUCAAAUAUUAACAAACUAAACUGAUAUGGUGUUUUUUUAUAAUUCUCUAUCACAAUAAUAACUCCAACAGAAAUGGACCAUGUUUUUAGAAAUAUUAUUUACUCUAAAAAAGACAAAGUAAGUACGUUAGUAAGUAAUAAGUAAGUUAAAGUAAGUAAUGGUUAUUGAUGAGCUCUGAAUGUCUGUGAACCUUAAUUAUUACUAGACUAGACAAUCCAGUUAUCAUUAAAGGGUUACUCAGGGGUGCCCAAAAGGAAGAUCCCCAGAACUACAACUCCCAUGAUGCUUAGCAUGCCUUUCGAACGCUUUAGAAUGACAAUGCAUUAUGGAAUCUGUAGUUUGAAAACAUCUGGUGAUGUACCUUUUGGGCACCCCUGACUUAACCUAACCAUAAUCAUACCUAACCAAAACAGCAAGCUGGAGUGGUAAUGUUCCAAAGGCCCAGGUUCUUGACAAUUUUUUUCUUAAAAGUAUCUAAUUCUGGAGAUAUAUACCUGUUUUUUUAUAUGUGUAGGGCCACCUACCUGAGCUGUCAAUUAGCCAGCUGAAAAGCCCUCUUCGUGGCUGGAAAUAGAUGCUUGAGAAAGACUGCUCAUGGUUUGGUGCAUUACACAUACAGUGUCAAAGUUUCUACUGCCUGACUCUCAGGCAAUUUAACUCUCUACAUCAUUGUAAAAAGUAAAAAAAAAAUAACAUUUAUUUUAGUCUGGUUUCUGACCUAUUUCCAUCCUAAGUGCAUUGUUUAGAAGGUUAAACCCUGCCCCCAUAAAGCCACUUUUUUGGGAAUCUGUAAAACUGAAUGCAAGAGGUUUACUGUCUUGGCUACACUACAUCUCCUAUCAUGCUCAGUGAGAUUCUGUCCGAGUUUGGUAAGCAUUUAAAUAUUCAUCUGAUGCAAUGGGAUACUGAGGCAACCACUUACCGAAUAGCUUAUGUGCAAUAUAACUCCAAAUCAAGUUGCAUCCUUUUGUUUUUGCUGGCUGAGUCUGAUAAGAAUUUUAGUCCACAAUAGAUUAUGAAGCACAAGUCACCAUUUUUGUGGACAUAAAAAUUAAUUCGUAAAAGUGGCCAUUGAACGAAUACAGCCCCAAGGUAUGGUUUAUUUGAUACAAUUCCUUAAAUCUCAAAAAUCCAAACUAUUUCUAUGAGCAACUAUGGUGUGGUGAUUUGUCAGCAAUGCUUACCUGUAAGAAUCAUUUAAGUGCUCAGCAAUAAAAAGGAAGUGAGCCCAGGGAAAACUGGGCUGGAUCUUUAUGAGAUGCAGAGGCCAGUUCUGCAGCAAAACAAAAGUAAGUUUUUUGGGGGCUUAAAUAUUUGUACACAUUUAGUAAAUGCAUUUUGUGCAGCAGUUAUUUAUUUGCAAAAAAAUGAAUUUUUGGACAUAGUUUCCCUUUAAUCUCUACCGGAUGCCUUGUGAGUCCUGUUUUUCUUUGGCAUAAUUAAUACUUUGUGUAUCAUUGAAGUAGGCUUAACCACAGUAAUUUGGGUCAUGUUCGGGAAUUUUCUGAUUAAGAUCUAGACAUUGAAGGAAAAGCACAUUGUAUGACUAACGUCCUGUCUUUACUAUUUGGCAGUACACAGCAUUCCCCCGAGAGAGCAGAUUUGGUUUCCCAAGUGCAUUAAAAAGUAGCCAAAAAUAAUGUAAGGAAUAAUAACAUAAUUGUUCAAAAUAAGUGUCUGGACUAAAAAAAAAAUCCAAAUUAAGCAGAAAGAGAUAGCAUUUCUCAGAAGAUGCACUUAGAAGCUAUCAUUUAAAAACACUUCUAGUGACACUUUGUGACCAAAUGUGACUUUCUCACAGUGGAAAACAUUUGUCUUGCUUAAUGUUUGCAAUGUAAGGAAGCUGUGCUCAUUAAUCUAGACCUGAACGGGUUAAGACCUCUGACACAUAAACUUUUAUAGAGGAAUUAAAUAUAAAAAUGUUUCCUACAGCCACAUCUAUAUUGAAAUAAAUAAAUACACAAAUAAUUACUUCCUCAAUUAAAGGACGGCUGUUACAAGCUGACCCACUAGCAUUAGGGAACAUUUGUAUGAGGGAUAAUUUUAUUUUAGGGACACUAUGGGGCAGUAAUUAUUUAAUGCAUUAUAAAGAAAAGAAAAAGAAAGAUACUUUAGUGUUUCCCUUGGUGUACUCCCGCACAAUCAAUGAAGAAACUCUAAUCCCAUGAACCUCUGCUAAGAAGAGUUUAAGUGGUAUGUAGUUUAUCCCCAAGAGGUGCUAUGUAAACUGAUAGGAGCUGUACUAUGGUAUAUCAGUUUACCCAUGCAUCUGUUCACUGUUCAGUGAACUGGGCUAUGUUAGUCUUUUGAUAGAACCACAGUUCAUGGAGGUGUGGUCCACACAUAUCAGAUGUCUUUCCUGGAGGUAGAGAGACUUUAGUCAAAGUUGUGCACAUCACACUCAAGCCAUGGAUAUAAUUAAUAUAUUUUCAGUCCCAUAACAAGGUUUCUGGCUGUCUGAUUGACAGGAGGCAAAGGUUUAAUUAUGUCAAGGAAAUAUAUGGUAGUGUUUCAUGUACAGUCUGGGUCCUUCAUGCUUAGAAAAAACUUUUUAUAAAAUUCUACUACGCAAAGGACGCAAGGGCACAAAAACAUUUUGAUCCUAUUUUGUUUCUUAAAAGGACACUAUAGUCACCCAGAUUAUUUCAUUUAUGUGAAGUGGUCAGGGUGCAGUGGUCCUAUUCCUUAAAGGACCACUAUAGUGCCAGGAAAACAUACUCAAUUUCCUGGCACUAUAGUGCCCUGAGGGUGCCCCCACCCUCAGGGUCCCACUCCCACCGGGCUGAAGGGGGAGGAAGGGGUUAAACUUACCUCUUUCUCCAGUGCUCUCCUCCUCCUCUCCGACCUCCUCUCCUCCUCUUCGGCUGAAUGCACAUGCACGGCAGGAGCCUCGCGCGCAUUCAGCCAGUCCAUAGGAAAGCAUUCACAAUGCUUUCCUAUGGCUCUGGAGUCUUCUCACUGUGAAAAUCACACUAGAGAAUCCACUAGAGGCUGGAUUAACCCAUUUAUAAACAUAUCAGUUUCUCUGAAACUGCUAUGUUUAUAGAAAAAAGGGUUAAUCCUAGCUGGACCAGGCACCCAGACCACCUCAUUAAGCUGAAGUGGUCUGGGUGCCUAUAGUGGUCCUUUAAUCCAUUUAUAAAGUACAAUGUUUACAUUGCAGGGUUAAAUCCACCUCUGUUGGCUUUUCCAUUCACAUGACACAGAAGCCCGUAUGCUAGCAUUGAAUACAAUGGUUCCUAUGAGGAAGUUUAGAUGUGUGCUCGAUUGCACAUCAGAUCCAUAGUUUUGCUGGGUUAGACUAUCUUGGUGGAGGCUAUAUCUCCUCGAUGGCAUUGUGGGAGAUGGAAAGACGUGGUCCUACAUAAAGAGCGGAUUAACUCGGUUUGCUCUGGCAAGCCUAUGAACUUCUGCAAAAUAGCUAAUGUUUUUAGAGAAAUGCAACUCACAAAUUUGUCACAAAUAUUAGGAAUUUUGAAACCAAAAGUAAAUAUUUUUAUUAAUCUAUGCAGCAUAUUUCACUUAAACAAACGGAAAAUAAAACAAACCAGAAAACCCUCAAAUCAACAAUUUAAAAGAGGAACAUGAGAAUUCACCUCCAUUAAACAUAGGCUUGCCAGUUCAAUUCUUCUAUAGAAGUUGGUACUGGAAAAAUUAACUAUAUUUGUAAAUUAGAUGCAACUAUUUAUUAAUCAGUCCCCAAAAUAUCAUUGUUAUACUAGAAGGAGUUGCUAUUUAUUGUGUUGUCAUAUUUACCCCUAACACUGCUCUGUCCUAUGAUUCUGAAAAAUUAAUCAUGUGUGACAGGUGCACAUAAGGAUACACUGAGUAGAAUUCCAGAGAAUGGGUCCUUUCCCAUCGUCCACGACCUGAUGGAUUGGAUGGAUUGACUAGGCAAGUAUCUAAGCCUAGGGAAUGCCUAGCUCUGUGGUCCUAAUACCAAACCCUUCUUGUUCUGAUAGAAAGUAACCCUCUCUCACUCUUAACCAUAAUAGGACCAGGGAAUGUAUCUGUUUUGGCUUUGGUGGCCAUGUUCCGCUUUCCAUCUGAUGUAUACACACUAUGUCAUCAAGAGGAUUUUGUGAGUCUCUACUAUGUAAAAUGUCGUCAAUCACAGACACCCUUGAAUGGUGAUUAAUUCCAAUUACAAGAAUUGAGCAAUUACAUCCUUUGUGGCCCUACAUAAAUUUACACCUCAGCUCACUUUGUACUUAGAUGAUGCUGUAGUAGUUGCACAUAUCCAUACAAAGUUGAGUUAUAUGACUUCAUUUGGUUUACAGUUGGAUUAUCCUGUUAUCUGGUUACUUGUUUCAGCUUUGAUAUAAACAUUUUAAUAUUAAUAUUAUUUACCUAUCGGAAGGUAUUCUCCUAAAGAGAAAAUGUCACUUCCCAGGUUUUUUAAUAUUAUCUUUACUUAUCACUAUAAUUAACAAAUUUGUAUUUGUGAGGUGCGACAAAAAUACUUAAACGUAGGAAUCCACACCCAUUUACCCUGUCAUGCUUACCUUGGUUGGGGACACCUGGCAGACUAAAAGGAAACCUCUCCACACUCCUAAGCUUCCCUCCAGCAGUUUGAACGCCUGCCAAUUUAGCUACGCCCCGUUUCAUGACGCAAUUCACGCACCGUCAUGACGCUGAUGAUGUCACCGCAGCGCGUGCGUGCCAAUGUCAUUACGCAAAUGAUGUCAUAGCCCACCAAAACGUUUAAACACAGACAUUUUUGGGGCGUGUCUUUAAAUGUAAAGAUCUGGCCUAUAAAAGGUAGAUUCACCCAUAGUUCUUUGCCCUGUUGUGGUUCUAUCUACAGUUCCCAAUUGUGCUUUGCUUUACUGUGUAUCUUGUGUAUUGACCUCGGCUAUCUGACCAUUCUCCUUUCAGUAUUCCUGACUUGGCUUUUAUACCUCGCUACUGUGUUUUUUGGUUCCCUUGACUCGGCUUGUAUUUCUCGCUUCUGUGAUUUCUGGCUCCCCCUACCUUGGCUUGUCCCCGACCAUUCUUUAUCUGUCUAACAUUAAGUCCAACCAUUCUAAGGCUUGGUAUACAUUCUUCUAUUACAUCUUGCUUGCUGGGUCUCUUAGGACUCCUGACACCCUACAACUGGAUAUCUUGUCAAUCAUUGUAAUAAACUCUACACCUGGCAGUAAUCAUAGAGAAGGCUAGCAUGGACAUUGUACAAUGUUUAUAUUUCUCCUCUCUAUUUGCAGUAUGUCCUCACUUUGCCUUGUCUGAACUGUAAUUUAUAAAGCUUUAUUAUAAAUUUUAAAAGAAAAUGGUGUAAAAUCCAAAGAAGUUUCCCUUUAAUUACCUUGGAGGACUCUUGGUAAAGGUAGGCCUCUCUAAGGUCAUACAUCUUGAUAUAACUCAUGAAGGCUCAGAUAUCAGGUGGAUCUAAGUGCCCAUGCCAGCAGAAGAGUCUUUCUUUGUUUGUAUCCUACAACAAUUGUUUGGAUUACUUCUAUUAUUUUCCAGAUCGAUUUCUAUGUUUUAAUUAGGAUUUUAUUAGGUGCACAGUCAGUUAUUGUCUAUUAUUGUAUUGUAGUUCCUUUGAGUUUGCUUUUUUUAAAAAAAUGUUUUUAUUUAUCUAAGGAUUUUAAGAUCUUCAAUCAAGGCAAUAGACAGGUGACAGUGAUAUAUUUUCUUUUAAAGCUAAACAUUUGGAAAAAUAUCAGAGGGAGAUAUUAAUAGGGGAAUUGUGGAAGAAAAUUUUGGGGGCAUUUCUUAAAAAAAAAAAUUGCACCCAAAGUGUAUCGAUUUAGGAUCUUUGGGCAGUCUAUCUCAGCUUAAUACUAGUGCCAUCUUUGAUCCUAGAUGUAUUUUCAUGUUAUAUAUUUUAAAUAAUUAGUAUGGCUGCAGAUCACAACCAUGUUUAGCUGUUUAUAGCUAUAAUUUACUCAACCAACCUAAAAACAUACUUUGCAAGUGGUGAGUAAUAAUCAAGCAGCAUAUUUCACUUCAACAAAAGAAAAAUGCCAAAAAACCCUCAAGUAAAUCAACAAUUUAAAAGAGGAACGUGAGAGUUCCUCUUCAUUAAACAUAAGCUUGAAAAAAUGAACCAUACUUAGUUGCAACUAUUUGGUAAACAAAUCCACAAUGUUCAUAGUAAUGAACAGGGCUAAUAAGUAGCCCCAAAAGUGCUUCUCUGACUUUUGAACAUAACACAUUUUAUGAUCGAUGCAGGUUUUUUUUCAACAGCUGGAAAGUAAACCCCAUCGUGUCUUGGUAGAAAGUAGACUUGUUCGCCAUGGAAAAAUCUUGUUCGGCCAAAAUUAAAUUUACCUCUAACACUCGUUUAUUUGAUAUUGUGGCUUUCCGGAAUAUAGUGCACUAAAAAUGUUUGUGAAAAAGACUUGGGAAAAUAAAAAAAAACAGCUCGAAAAGGUGCUAGACAGUGUGGGGCAAAUUAUUUAAUUAAUAUAAAUAUUACAUAUAUAUUUUCAGUAUACUCAUAGGUAUAUUUUCCUGCUAUUUGGUUCGCAGAAAAUGUGUGAAAAAUAUAUCAAAUGUAAAUGUAAUUUAUUUAUUUUUUUACUCCUUUUUUUCCCUCUAUUGGUACUUGAACUAUGAAUAAGGUAAACAUUUAGCGCUUGCCACCAUUAAUUAUCUUCUCUUUUUUCUAUCAAUCAUCUCUUUGUUUGGCGCCAACAGUGGAACUCUGAAUUGCAAAGCAAAUAAACAUGUUGGCCCAUCGAGCUAGUCGUUUUCUCGGCUAUACGUUCUUAUUGCGAUUUGGUACAGAAUUUGUCCGAACCACCGAGUGGCCCUAAAUUUGGACAAAUUGCAAUAGGUCUGAAACCAAAUGCACAAUUCUAGGGUCAUUUGCAAAUUUUGUGAAAAAAAGCUAAUUUGGGAGAUAAGGUUGUGUUAUAGCAGAAAAUAAUAUAAGCAAGCCACUUUGUACUUUGAGUUUUAAAGUGCAGAUUGUAUGAACUGAUUUCACAAUAUAAAUAUACCCUUUAUCAGAUUAUAUUUUACUGGGCAAGUGGCCAAGGCUUUUGCCUAAAGAGCCUCCUCUAGUGUAAAGUCAUCAAGAUAAUGAGUGUUUGGAGAUACUGAUGAUAAUAUUUGUUCAUUUUUGUUAUAUUACAAGGUCAACUAUCAUCAAAAGCUAAUGCUACAGUUGGUAUAUUAAACCCGUUAUUUUACAGUUAAGUUACCUCUAUGAGCUAUUAGACUGCUUGUGUAAUAACAAUACUUGUAGCUUAGUCCUUUGUUGUAUUCUAACGAUUGCCUAGAUAUUUAAUAUGGUCUGACAGUAAAGAGUUGGGCACAGUCUUCUUGAAGAGAUAUGUACAGUGAAUAAUUUAAUGUUAAUGAGUAUGUCUUGCUUUUUAAUAAACAGCAGAACGUGUCCACAACUGUGAAUUAAAGAACACUUUAAGCACCAUAACCACUACACCCAGUGUAAUUUGCCGAACUGCUUUAGAACAGUGGCCGCAUGCCCUACUUUUGGAUUUUUCAUUGGAGACAGCGCUGUAUUUCCCAUGAGGCUAACAAGGCAUUUGCCUUGGGCGGCACUUUCAAGGCCCUGUUAGCCUCUCUCAGGGGGGGCCCAAGAGAUGGCCAGCUGACCAUCUCUUGGGCCCCCCUGAGGCUUUCAUAUGCUCAAUUUGCAGGUGGGGGCGCAAGGGCGUACUCUCCCCUGAGCUCUUCCUGCUCAGAUCCCUCAUGCCCAGCAGCGAUGCCGAGAGCCGGAAUAUGACAUUACUCUGGCUCACGGCAUAACUAAGCGGUGCGCAAGGUAGCUGAGCAGGAGGAAUACAGCUCCCUCGCUGCCUCCACUGUGCAGCCAAGCAGCCCAGGAGCAGACAGCCCAGCAAGCUGCACUGGACCCUAGGAAAGAAUCCACUCCAGCUCUCCCAAAGGUGGGAGUCUGGAUGGAUUAAAAUAAAAUGAAAAAAACUAUAUUUAUAUACUUUGUGAGUGUGAGACAAUGAGUUUAAGUGUGUCAGUACCAGAGUGUCUCUCAGUGAAUGUGUGUGUGUCAGUGUGUGUCUAUGAGUAUAUGUCUGUGAGUGAGUGUGUAUCUGUUAGUGAGUGUGUGUUUGUAAGUGAAUGUGUGUGUCUGUCAGUGAAUGUAUGUCACUGUAUGUGUAUCUGAGAGUGUGUGCCUGUCAGUGAGUGGGUGUGCCAGUAUGUGUCUGUCAGUCAGUCAAACUGCAUGUUUCUCUUAAAGGGACACUGUAGGCACCCAGACUACUUCAGCUCAUUGUAGUGGCCUGGGUGCAGUGUCCCUAUUGUACUUAGUGCUGAAAUGUAAAACAUUGCAGUUCCAGAGAAACUGCAAUGUUUACAUUGCAGCACUUAGUCUCUCCACAGUUUCUGUCUACCAGACAGCCACCAGAGGUAGAGGGCUUCCUGGAUUGAAACGGACCUUUGGUCCGGUAUCUGAUGCUGGACGUCCUCCCGCUCUGCAUGAGGACACCAAGCGUCAGAUCAUUCCCCAUAUGGGGAGGUCUAAUGUGCAUGCGGUAUUUGCCGUACAUGCGCAUUAGCGCCCGCUCGUCGGAAGAGGCUGAGCAUAAGUAAAUAAAGGGGAUUUAACCCUUUAUUUACCAGGGACGGUGGAGGCAGAGGGAGCUAUAGUGCCAGGAAUACAGCUUUGAAUUCCUGGCACUAUAGUAUGCAUUUAAACAGGUAGGGGCGGGGCAUAUUUAGAUUGGGGGUGCCCGAGUUUUGUCAUGCCUAGGGCAGCACAUAUCCAAAAUACACCACUGAUUGAAGUAUCUGGAGAAUCAAAUUAGCUCUACUGAGCUGAAAGAACCGACGCAUGGCCACCAUGGUCAUUGUAUCAGCUAGCCUGUAUCAGAACACUGGAUGCAUUGUGAAGGGCCCAACUCUUCUAACAUGGCUUUAUCCAGAGAUGGUGCAAGGGCAAUUCUGGAACUAAUAGUCUCUACAGUAGGCUGUACAGCUUACGGUGCUUGGAGCGUUACUUUAAUUCAUAUCUCACAACAUUCGUAGGAAUGAAAAUGAAUCACCAGUGGUCAUGCUUACAGACAUGUUACAGUAAUGUGACUGUCAGAAAAGUCCAGGUGAGAACACAAACGCUAAAACUAAGGUGCUCACCCAUUAUAUUUGUCAAGGUACAGAAAUGAUUCGGUUUAAAAAUUAAAUCCUUUAUCAAGCCUGGACACAGCAUGCAUUUCACACAUACAACAAAAUACUGAUAAAAUCACAUUGUAAUUAGUGGAUGCCAUGAUUGUGCAUUUGGGUCGAGGGCGGAAGUGACUUUGAACAGAAUGACGUCACUAGUAUGUCAGUUCCACCACCGUCCCCAAAAGAAAGCAAAAAACAUAUUAAAGUGAAAAACAUAGAAACAAACACCUACCCCAUAUCCAACCUGCAAGUACAAAAAAAUCUUAAAAGAACACUAUAGUGUUAGGAAUAGAUAUUUAGCCCCCUGAUCCCCUCAGAUUACAUGUGAUAGAUUACAUGUGAUAAUGUAGUUUGAAAUCACUAUAGUGAUGUUACAUACUUAAACCAAGCUUGUAUUUUAGACACAAGUGAAAGUAAAUAUUAUGUCACACAUUACAGAGAACAGUUUAUAUUUAGGCAAGCAUUGUGUACAUAACACGUGUUGUGUGUUUAAAAACCCAAAUUAAUUCAGAAACACGGCUGGAAGUUCAUUUUUUGUAACAUCUGGAAAAGAACCCUUAUGAGAUUCCUGCUUACAUGCUCUCCUUCAUAUAUUAUUUCCCUCCUAUGCAGCACUUACAGGUACAGUGCUUUAGAAAAACAAAAUGUAGAAUUAGAAUUAAGAUUCUGAAGAUUUUACAUACUACUUCUAAGAAAAUGUCAGUAGAAAUGAGUCCAAAAUUGGCUUUGUAUAAACUCUGGGUGACCUAGAGCUCCCAAGAAAUUUUUUACAUUACAUAAUAUUUUUAAUAGAGGUACUCUCACCAACAUAUGUUUUACAAAGUUCUCCAGCUCUUCCCAUUAAAAAUUUGGACUUGGUUGAAAAAAUACACUUUCAUGUUACUACUAUUAAUAAAAAAAAGGUUACUAGUGCACAAAAAUGAAACCAACCACUUGAGUUUGGUUAGACAUCUUUGGCAACUUACAAAACAUAUGUCUCCAAGAAGACCACAAUCCUAAUAAUCACACAUGCUUGGACUUCUAUUUUCUUGGCAGAUGUUUGGCUCAUUUGGCUGUUAUUAGGAAAUGAGGUGCCUCUGAUCACCUCAGUAUUAGUGUGCUUCAGCGGAAAUCCCUUCACAAGCAAUUUUACAAUGAGUUGAUGUUUAUUCUGUAAUUAUCACCAAAGCCUGCCUUGAUUUCUGUUUAUAUUAUAGCUAUCGAGGGGCCUCCUUAACUUUUUUUCCGCCAAUAAGGAAGAAAGCUUUGAUCCUUAAAUUGGCCCUCUGACUGAACAAACAAGAGCUGCAGAUGACCAAAUAAUCCUUUUUUUAAUCUACCCAUGUAUUUGGAUGUUUCUGCAUACAAAUAAAACUCAGAAACUCUAAUUAAAUAUUGAUUAAAAUGUAUUAAAAUAAAAUAAGAUUAUACUAUGUAGAAUACAUAUUUUAUACCAAUAUACAAGAUAUAUAGGGUCACCAGAUCCACCCAUGUUUUCAGGGACACAUACUUUUUUCUUACUUAUGAAAACGGUUGCCCCGUGGUAUGUAUGAUGCAUAUUCUACAGUAUUCUUUAUACCCUAAUUACUUCAACUAAUACACCUUCUUCUGAAUUCUGCAUCCUGCAGGGCAUACUAAAUAUUAGGUCACUCACUUAAGAUCAUUGUGCAUUAAUUAAUGGAGAACACACAUCUGAUUGUAUGUAGUCUUAUUUAUUUUAAGUUUAAUAAGCAAUCUUAUACUUUAUUAUAUCGGAAUAUCCCUCUAGAUAUUCUUUUGUUACAUUCUCUUUCAACUACUUUAUUUCAAAGCUUUGUGUUGUGAACACCACUAGUACCACUGCUGAUCCUCUAUUCUUCACUAUUGGCGUUGCCAAAUGGGACAAACAUAACCUAUCAUUGGAUGUGCCUACUUGAUUUCAAAUGUUAUGCAAUCUUACAGAGUUAUUCACUAAACUGGAAAUCGCUUAGAUUUAGGGCCAAAAUAGCUGAGCUGGAAAAAAACUCUACAAAGUGAAACUUUCAUUUUCACGUUUAAUUCAUUCUGAUUUCCCGACAAUUCUCACUUUAGUAACUAACCCUGAUAUGAGUUACUGGGUAAGCACCAGACUACCCAGCUUCAAUGAUGCCAAAUAUAUGAGUGAUCACACCUUGCACACGAUCAGUUAUCCAUGGCAUUGAGGGUAGCGGCUCUCACUCUGUGAGCCAAGGAACAACAAACUAAAUCUUAGUUUUUCCCCUCUCAAUGGGGAAAGGUGCUGCACACAAAUUAUCUCCUGGGUACAGCUUGGAAAUAAAAUAAAGCCAUAUUUAUUAAUCCUCUAUAGAACAGCAACAUGGGAGAGAACAGCAUCAAUGGAAAAAGAAACUUAAUGUCUGUUGCGCCUGUUGUGGCCUUAGGGCCUCCGUCAUACCUUGUUUGGAUAGGCAGCAUAUUGCACUGGCACUCAAAUCACUAACUGAGGCUGGAAGCUAUUUUUUUGGUUCUAAGUGUGUAGGUCAUGGCAACUGAGGACUCAGGAAGCUCUUAUGAGAUAGGCGGCAUGUUUGUUUAAAAAGGGUCACAGAUACAUUGUUUGUACAACUCAAGGUGGUCCUGAGAGCAGGGAUGCAAGAUGCUGAAAGCACUAUAGGUAGCAGGAUUUUUCAAGGUUGGCACAUCUUCCAGGGGUAGUAGAGUAAUACAUACUUUAUGGGCUCACUAAACCCUAAACUUCAUGUCUUGGCAUAGCUUGUAAAACAUAGAAACAAAAUGGUAAGAACAAGGCACAGAAUAAUCGGAUAGGUCAUACAGGACACCAUUAAAAUAUAAAAAUAUAAAAGCUAUAAUGAAUUGAUAGCCUGUGAUAAAUCAUAUAAAUGCUAAAUAAAAAUGCUCUAGCUGCAUAUUGUGUGGUCUAUUAUCCAAACUUUUUGUAAAACCAUUCCAUACAAAUAGUAUUUAAUUUUACUACUCACACAUGUUUUUGGAUACGGCACCCCUGACAUGUUAUGUAUAAGAUUUUCACUGCCCUUACAGUAAUAGCAGAAAAGCUAUGCUACAUGGAUGGAUUCAUCUUAAUCCUACCUUGUUUGCCUCUUUAAAGACAAAUUAUUCUGUGUGUUCAGAGUGGAUUGACUUGUGAUGAUCCAUGCAAGGGAAGGAUUUUGUAAGAAUAUUUUUUUCAGUACUGGGAAUAUUAUAUAAUUUCUCCCACAGCUUCCACUUCCUCUGAUACAAACUCGGAUAACUGGAAUAUUAACUGCUCAUAUCCUGUGCUUGAAAAUUUCAUAUCCUGUGCUUGAAACGUAUUUCUCUCAAAUUUUUACUGUUUUAUAGUAACCACUUUAUUGACUGUUGUGUCAAUUAUAGUUUCAUUUGUUUGUCCUUGUUUAAUGAUUUUUUUAAAUUAUAAUUUGUUUUAUUUAAACAUUGAAAAACUGCAUUUUUUUUUAGAUAUUUCUAUUCAUUAGAUUUCAUCUCACAUUUUUGUGAUGUUCUUGUCAUUCAUUGAACCUUUUUUUACAUUUUUGUUUUCAGCAAUAUUUGUAA